CUAGGAUACUUCAAGCGCAAAAACAUGGCGACUGUGCUGUCACAAAAUGCUUAUUUUGAAUGUGAUUUUUUGUAUUGAACUUGAAGAUCCAGAGCCGCCAGGAUGCAGCUUCGUUACAUGAAAACUCUACUAAACCCACAGGUUAUUAUCUAAACGUCGCUUCUUCUCUUAAUUCUGUUCUAGAACUCUAAUUGAACUUAGUUAUGGAACUCCAUCCCAUAUAAUUUUGACUCUAUGUGCUAGUCAAGGCAGACUUUUAAGAAAAACAUUAAUCUAUAAAACCAAAAAGUUUGCUUAUUUUAUUUUGAAACUGCUGUGAUUCAUUUAUGAUUGAAAGCUUUUACAUGUAGCUCAUAAUUUAUUAUUACUCUUUGUAUCUUACACAAUGUACAGGUAAGUAAUAUGUUCAUAAAUGUAAGCUUUGCAAUGUAAGCUCAUACACCUAAUGUACAGUAUCUUAAUCAAAGGUUAAUAAUUAACGUGCAUCUGAUAGUUAAAUUUUUUCUGUAUCUUCGCACAGCAUAAACUGUCAAUAAAUAUGUCACAGUUAAAGUACUGUUUACACUGUACAGACUUGUUACUUGUACAUGUCAUGUGUUACAGGUCAAUUUUAGGUUAAAACCUAGGCGUCAAAGGGAACUGUGAAUCAACCCAGGUUAAAAGAAAAUUAACCUGCAAUCAUGACCAAACAGGACUUUUUUCAAGCCCCAGAAAGUCCUUAAUCUGAAACCAGAGCUAAACAGAUAACAACAUAAACUAGACAGGAACAGCUGAAAUAAGAACAGGUUUUAGAGAAGGUAUAUAGCAUACUCCAAGUUUUUUUAAUAACUUGCUGAUCCCAUACUUUCCAAUUGUGCUGUUCUUGACAUGGGUAGAAGCUUUUGUGCUACAAUACAGUGGUAAUGUUUCUAUAUGAUCAUCUGUGCUUGUAUAUAAUUAUGGUACCUGGUAAUUGAAUUUGAGAAAUGGUAAUAAUAAUAACACAUGUUAUUGUCAUCAAAGUGAAUAGGUCUAAUUAUUUUGUUUUUAUAAGGAUGGGGCCUGCAAGGUUACUGCGAUGGCUUGGUCACCAAACAACACCAAAAUGGCCGUCAUUACCAUGGACAGGGUAGUUAUACUCUAUGAUGAGCUGGGUGAGAGAAGAGACAAGUUUUCAACAAAACCAGCUAAUUCACAGGUACAAAACUAGUUAAUGAUAAUGAUAAUAACACUAUGUACCAUCUGAAGACCAUAUGCAGACUACAUUAUAGUGUAUGUUGUAGGUAAAAUCUGUUCUUGAAGUAGAUGUUGGUUACGUAAAAAGCUUAGCUUAAUAUAUGUACAUAGCUUCAAUUAAUUAAUAAUAAUUUAAAUUACAAUUGUAUUCCAAGGAACAGCAGAAUGUUAAAACCAAUUGUGAAAAAAGACCUUGCUAUUAACAACAUCGUAUGUCAAAUACAUCCAACAACAGCUGGAGGAUCAAAACAACAUCCUCCAACUCAGAUAAAGACAAAGUGCUUAAUAAUUAAGCACUUUGCAGGGACCAAUCAGUGAGAGAAAGCUGUGGUCAUCUGCACAGCCAAAUUAAUGAUGAUGAUGAUGAUGAUGAUAUGGCUUAUAAUACAUGUAGUUAACCUCUAUCAUCAGGUUAAAACCAGUAUUCCGGUUCAGAAUUUUCUUCAUGCUAGGAAACAAGGAAAUUCUGGUUUAACCUUAGUAUGGAUUUGACCUACAGCAUAAUAUAUAGUGUACAUUGCAGAUGUUAAUUAAUUAUACAUGUAACUGCUGAGAUGUAGACCAAGGGGUAUCCUUGUUGUCUUUGAAUGCUUACGCAAACAUAAAUGAAGACAAACAUGUAGCAUCAGUAAACACAUGUAUUAAUAACAUUGUAAGCGAUGACUAUAGGAAUAUUUUUCUUUGGUAGGCUGGGAAGAAGAGUUACAUUGUAAAGGGACUUGCAUUCUCUCCAGAUUCUACUAAAAUAGCUGUGGGACAAACAGACAACAUUAUAUUUGUGUACAAAAUUGGAGAAGAAUGGUAGGAUUUUGUUUCAAAUUUACAAUAUUGAUAUUAUUUUGUGUGAAGCCCUGAUGAUGUUUUGAAAAUUAUUUUUUAUUCUCAUGCAUGCAAAUAAACUCAUUUUCUGCCACAAAAGUUUUGCACUUAUCCUUUUUCAAUAGUGAGAGUUUUUGGAACUUGAAAAUGGCCUGUUCAACUGCCUUGUUCAAGUUUUAUUGAAAUCCCUGAUGACGUUUGUCUUUUUACUCCUUGUAGGGGAGACAAGAAAGUUAUCUGCAACAAGUUUGUGCAGCAGGUAAGUUCAGUCUGUUAUAGUCUUGCUUACAUUGUAACAGAAGAGCUCCUAUUCCAAGGUAACUUGCACAAUCAUUUGAAGGAAGAGCACUCCUAGGGUUCUGCUAUAAACUGCUGCUUGUAAGCCCUGAGCUUAUACGUGGACAUCUUUGUAAGGGGUUUUAGUAGGGCUUAUAAAAUUUAUAAUAGAGGGGGCAUAUAUCUGACGGGGCUUAUGACUGGAAUAAUAAUACCGGUAAUAAUAAUAAUAACUAUGAUGAUGAUUUAAUUACUUAUAUUGCGCAGGUAUUCAUAACAAUGAUCAAAUGCGCAUAGCAUUUAUUAGUAAUAAAAGUAUGAAAAAAAAAACACUACAAACCUAUUUACAAUAAGCAAAACAAUAAGAAUAUAUACACUUCUGCCAUGAAAAUCUAAAUAUCGAUAUGUAAACAAUAUUAUUAAAAUUCAUUCAACCAUAAGCAAACUUAAAAAGGUACGUCUUAAGAUUGCUCUUAAAAGUAUGCAAGUUUGGAAUAUCACAAAGCUCACGCGGUAGAGUAUUCCAUAACUUGGGCGCAGCCACCUGGAAGGACCUAUCACCUAGUGUUAAGAGCUCUCGCAGUGCUAAUCAAAAUAUGUUUUGCAUUUACUAGUGUUUCACACAUUGUGACCCUUUAAGCCCCAAUAGUGACCAACAAAUAUUUUCUUCUAACAAUAAUUUCAAGAGGAAAGGUUAAGAAAAUUAAUGAAAUGUUCACUUAAGGGAAAAUGUUUUGAUCCUUUAACAAAUUCUUUCCACUUAUUUUUUGAGGAAAUGUAUAGAGAUCAGUGUGGAGAAUUUGUAUUUGGAUGUUAGGGAAAAGGGUUUUUAAGCUUCAAAGCAUCAUAGUGUACAAUUUGUAAAUCAAAUUCAUUUCAAUACAUUUGGAGGGGAGCUCAUAUUCAGGGAAGGGGGGUAUUUUUUUGUGUACUGGUAGAUCGCCUUCUUCUCUUCAAUUGAUGUGAAACAGCUCUAGCUCAUAGUUCGAGGAGGCCUAACCUCUCAUAAGCUCCUAUAGUUUCUGUUAGGUGUCCUCGCCACUUCUUUUUUUUUUUUUUUCUUCUUCUUUUCCUAUAUUUUUUGUAAUUAGUGUGGCAAAUAAAAUAAAAUAAAUAAAUAAAUAAAUAACUGAAGGGAUUAUGAGUUGGGGGGGGACUUGUACACUUGUGGCAGUUUAAGCUAUGCAUGUGCAGCUGUAAGGAUGUGCUCUUCUGCAUGGUAUGCUUUCUGUCUCUCUGGAGCAGAGAUGAUUCCUCCAGAAAAACCUUAUUUAUUUAUCUUCAAGUAGAGAUCACUGGGCAAAUUUUGUCUGCAAAAGGGUUGGAAAUUCAUCUUUUGCUUGUCUGCAGCUUGUCUAGAAUCUUGGAGAAGCCCAUUUCAAAACCCACAGAAAUGGAAGCAACUUCAGCAAGUGGGAAAAGUGUAGUGAUGAGAGUGUUUUCUUCCCACCAACAGCAGCACUUUAUUAUUAAAUUUAAGACUAUCUUUUUGGCAUUUUUAAUAGAGCCCUGUGACCUGCUUGAUAUGGCCACCUGAACAACAGAACAUCAUCUUUGGCCUAGCAGAUGGGAAGGUAAGCUUGACUUGAACUGGCUUCUUAAGACAUCUUGCCAGUGAUAUAGUGCUGUAGGUGAUUUUUUAAGCUCACUUAAUGUCUUAAGUAAUAGUGCCUUGCUUGAGGUACUCAGUACUUACACUGUAUUAGGAAGCUUAAGCAAAGAUGGUUUUGAGCAACAUACAUCAACUGGAAGUGGACGUUUUGCGUUCUUGGUCAGUGGUGUUGCCCAAAUUCUCAGGUAAAUGGUCUCUUAAAGACUGAAGACACUUAGCAAUACAAAUUUGAUGGCUUCAAGGCAGAUUGAUAGGGAAAAGCGUCACAAUCGGUUGAUGUGCGUUGCUAAAAAACGCCUUUGGUUAAGCUCUCUAAUGAUUAUUAUAGUAAUCCAGUUGCUGAUUAUUCUAACUAUUAACUUGAACUUUUUCAGGUUCGUAUUGCCAAUUUAAAGACCAACAAAUCAACAACACUCUAUGGAACUGACAACUAUGUGAUUUCUUUGGCUGCAAAGUAAGUUUCGUAAGCGAAGACUGGAUGUUAUAAUAUCUAAUAAUAAUAAUGUAUCACUGUAUCGCACAAAAGUAAGUUGACAGUCAGUUGCGUCCCGAUUCUCGAUUCUUGAGUCUCAAGAAAUGAUUCUCCAGUUUUGAGAAUUGAGAGUGGAGUCAAGAAUAUAAUGAGCUCGUCGCUUGACUGAUCUCUCGAGUAACAAAUUCAUGAGACAGACCGCAAUCUGUUACUUCAAACUGGGACAAACCGCUUUUGCAAUCCUCACUUGCCUCUGUGAUAAAACAAAAUGUGCACUUUUGAAAUGUAUCUGCACAAAAGGACGAGUUCAAUGGCUGACAAAAUUCGUUGAUUGCUCUGAACUUUUGAAACAAAAAUGUAAACUUUUUGGGCCAGUUAUUUAAACAUAGUUUAGCAAGUGUGUAACAAAACCGCGUUCUAAGCCAUUUUUAGUUUGCUGAAUGCUUUUAUAUAAACACCAUUUAUCGUGAACAGUUUCAUGAAAUCAUAUGACGCAGACUAGAAAAGCAUUUGUCUUCUUAAAAUAAUCCUGCAUGGACGACAUCUCGAAGUCCAAAGAUUUCCUAAACUUUGGUCUAAGUUAGACUUUGUUUAAAUAACUGACCCUUUGUUGUCGGUGCCUGGUCAAAAAUUACCACCAAUAAAAAGUAACAAACAAGCAUGAAUGUCUUGUAAGUCCACUGCAUUGCAGUUCCAUUCAGCACAUAAUAUUAGGCUGAUUUAGCAACAGAAUGGGAACGUCAGUUGACGACAGCAUGCGCAAAUCAAACAACUGGCUUGGCCAAUGGCAGAGCGGCAAAUUGAGGACCGGAAGUCGUGUUUAGUUCUUCCCGCACGCUUUCCCGUCGUCAACUGACGUUCCGUUCCGUUCAGUCAGUUUAUAAAUUCAAUCACUGGUGUCAGGUAGUACAGUCAAGCCUCGUUCAAAUGGACAUUAAGGGGGCCAUAGAAAGAGUAUGUAUUAACUGGGUGUCAGUAUUAAGCAGGUUAAAUGUAGAGAAAAUGUAAGGGGUCUCUUUCCCCAGGGACAAAGCAAACUGUCUGUAAUAAUGAGGUGUCCAUAUUAAGCAGUUUUGACUAUAAGUGAAUCACUCAGUCAUUUGGUCACUAAGGCUGUUUACCAUUAGUCAGAACUGGCUGGCCUUCUGUCCAGUCAUUUAGAGAAUUCAAAUAUUGAUCAGAACUGCCCAACCAGAUCACGCUAUUCCUAAGUUAUAGUAAGAAACAAGACAGUGAUUUGGUUACAGCAAAAACCCUCCAAAAAACCAUUUUUCCAUUUUUAAAAUGACUGGUCUAGCUGGCCAGUUUUGACUUUUGUUACAUUUGUAAGCUCACCCACUCAGUUAAUUAAAAGUAGUUAAAUGUGUGUGUGUAACAGUGAAUGUUUAAGUAAGUUUUUGAGUAAGUGAGUCAGACAUGCAACUACACUGUCACUCAGUUAUGCAGUCACUCAACCAGCCACUCAGUGAGUCAGUCAUUCCUGUCAUAAGGUCAGAUUGUCAGUACAUCAGUCAACUUGUCAGUUUUAAGUCAGUCAGUCAGUCAACUCAGUCAAUACUUAACAUUAUUGGCCCACUCCAAGCCUGUCACCAAGAUUUCAAGUUACUAGUAAAGUAGUAAAUACAGCAAGUGGGCAGAGAAUCAAACUGCUGAGGAUUUCUUUUGGUUUUAUUUUUCUUCUAUUUUUCUGUGAAAGUAGGUGAGAGUUGCGUUCCUUGUAGUCAGGGGACUGGGAAUUACUACGAACCACAUUUUUAUGAAAAUGCCAUGUAUUUCUAGUCAAUACCCCAUGAAAGGCAUUUCAUGGCCCAUAAAAACAGCAAAAUUAAAUUUCGUGGCUUUAUUUCUGGCAAUAAAUUUUCCAUGAGAGGGUAACUUUUUAGUUAAUGACUCACCUAGUCACCCUAGUCAAUCAAGUCACCCUUCUGGCCCAAGUUACCCUAGUUACACUAGUCACCGUAGUCAUCCUAGAAUCACCUACUCACCCAAGUCACCAAGGUCACCCUUUCUCACCCUAGUCAACCAAGUCACCCUAGUCACCCUAGUCUCCCAAGUCACCGUAGUCACCUACCCAAGUCACCCUACUCACCCUAGACACCCAAAUCAUCCUAGUUACCUAAGUUACCCUUGUCACCCUAUAAUCUCUGCCCAUGGCUAUUAAUGAAUGCACUGCACUCACUGACUGAAUAAGAAAAUAACAGUUCCUUUAAAGAUGGUCAGUUAGCUUGUCAUUUAGUUAGUCAACUAGUAAGUCCAUUUUUCAGUUGGCUAGACAGUUAGUUAGUGUCAGUUAUUUGGAUAUAAUAUUAUCAUAGUCAGUUAGUUUGUCAGGUUGUCCUUGAAUUUGUGGAUCAGUCAAUUGAUGAUCAGUUCUCAUUUUAUUUGGCAGUGUUUCAGGAAAAGGAAUACUUUCUGGCCAUGUUGAUGGUGCCAUAGUCAGGUACUUUUUUGAUGACGAGGGAACAGGUUUAUCACAGGUAAGCUUUUUUAGUAUGGUUGUCAAACAGAAAUAAGACAAAAUUCUGAGAAUUUACAUUGAAAUUGCAGUGUUGUCUUUUUCCAAAGUAAGAAUAAUAUCCAACAUGAUUAUAAACUACUCUAUGCAGCCUAAAAUACAAUGUGGAAAUUCUCCUUUAAAAGGACAUGAAUUAUGACUUGAUCACCACUGGCAAUCUGAAGAUAUGAUCAGAAAUACAAUUCUGACUGGACGAAGGUCCAUAAUGGCAGGCUGUUAUAUUUUCAUGCCCCCUUUUUAAGUUCCUUGAUCUGUAUGGAAGCUAAAUUUAAAUACCAUUCUCACACACCACUGGUAACCAUGCCAAGCCAACCACCGUAGCCUGACCUUUAUUCUGAAUUCAUAAAAAUGUAAACACAACAUGUACCCUUAGUGAGAUGGGACACUAACAAAAUUACAAAGUUGCACAUUAUAUUUAAACAGCCCACAAAACUGAAAUCUUAGGGUGGUUGGGUGGGUGGGAAGGUCAGUAAAUGGUGGACACAACAAAAGCAACUGCCUGCCUUUUGGUCACAUGACCUAUACCCAGGCCCCUGGUAGUGGCUGAGAAAAGCAUUUUCCAGUUAGUUUGUUACACUCAGCCAGUGGAAAAUCUUUUUGUAUAAUGUAGAAUCAUUAUUAUUAAUUUUUCCCCUCUAUUUAGGGUCAGCUUUGCAAACAUCCUUGUCCCCCAUAUGCCUUGUGUUGGGGCUCAUCAAUUGUAGCAGCAGGAUGUGACAAAAGAAUUAUAGCUUAUGGAAAAGAAGGUAAAUUGAACAAUGUUCUUUUUUUCUGCACUGUUUAAAUCUCUUCCCAACCUUCUCUCACAAUUUUUUUCAUUGUUCAUCAGGGAGGAUCUUGCAGAACUUUGACUACUCCAGAGAUGAUGAUGAAAAAGAGUUUACUGUGGCAAUCUGUAGCCCUAGUGGACAGUCAGUUGUGGUUGGCAGUUAUAACAGGUAAUUCUUUACCAUGAGUGCAGAGGGUACUUCUGGACCCCUCUGGCAUGGGUGUGGUUCACCUACUUAACAUUUAUCUCUUUUUUCAAACAAAAAUUUCCCCACAGAUUUUCAGAACUUACUUGGUAGUCAUUCAUCCCUAACCAAUAGGUCUUUGUCCCUCGUAACACUUACUUACAUAAUAUGUGUACACAGCAUGCACAGAAAGUAGUGUCCGAUAGCCCGAGGCUAGUAGAUUUUGCUAUCAGGUUAGUGAAUUCUGUUUUUAACUUGCCCGAUGGGCAAGUGACAUUUUUUUAGGAAUUCGAAUAACAGAAUAACUGUAAUCAAUCCUUCUCAUCAAAUUUUUUUUGGGCCAGUUGAAAUGACUUUCGGGCUAGUACAUGCUAGCUACAGCUUGCCUGAAUGACAAACUGUAAAACUGACUUUCUUUGCACCCUGGUACAUGUAGCUUGGAAUUAAUGUCAGUAUUGUUUUUGGCAUAAUUGCCUCAAACCUAUUUCAGUGAAUACUUCCCACUUUUGAAAUCAAACUUUUUAAACUUACUGUAUACUUAGUUAAAAAAUUUAUAAUAGGACUGGUUGGUUUUGAAGUAACAUGUUGCUAACUUGAAUAAAAAUAGCAAUAGUGCUUCCAACAUAAUCUGCAAUAUCUUAAAUAGUUUUCCUUAUGAAGUUCACAGGCUUUCAUAACCAUCUUAUUUCUUGUACUGAUUAAAAUGUACGCUUUGAUAGUGAUACACAUACCUAACCAGUAACAAUUCCCCCUUUUUUACAGGCUCAGAGUGUUUAACUGGAGUCCAAGAAAGGGUUCAUGGGAUGAAUCUAGAGCUAAAGAGAUUCCUAAUCUGUACACUAUCACUUCCAUGGCAUGGAAGAGAGAUGGAUCCAGACUUGUGGCUGUAUGUGCUUGAAUUCUUCACAACAAUGAGUGUGAGAGUUUCAUCAGGGGUUCCAAACACCGAGAAACAGAUGAAAGCACGAGGCUAUAGGCUGAGUGCUUUUAUUGUUUCAAGGUGUUAAAAACCCCUGAUGAAACCCAAAGCACGAGUUUUUGAUUAGGCUCUCUACGUCUCAAACAAAAUGAUUUUAGAAGGAAAAAUUAAGGAUGCAAAAAUGAGCAGUUUUUCAUCUGAUUUCCAAACACUCAUUAAACAUUAAAUUCCUUUGUAUUUUCUUUAUGACUUAUAAAGAGAGUUUGAGAAGUAAUAUUCCUUCUAACUGCCCAAACAUUUGAAAAUACCUUGUAGUUGUUUUUUUUUCCCUAAUGGCUGUAGCAACUUUUUUUCAGGGCACACUCUGUGGUGGUGUGGAGCUCUUCGAUUGUUGCCUAAGACGAUCAGUCUACAAGAACAAGUUUGAGAUGACCUAUGUUGGACUCAGCCAGGUUGGUAGCUAUUUAUUGUAUGUGAAAUUACAUCUUUUUAGAAUGUUAUGUUCAACUUAAAUAGCUUUUGUUGACUUUUUAAUUUAUUACCAUUUAGAGUGCUUUUUUUGUUUUACAUAGACACUGCUCACCUAGACAAGCCUGUGCUAUUUGUGGGUUGUGAGAAAAUAAAAUUGUAAAUCUGAAUAAACCAAUAAAAUGAUGAUGAUGAUGAUGAUGAUGGCAUGCAAAACUGUUUUGAUUGUCAUUUUAUAGUUUUCAAACAUGUACAGUGUAGUUGCUUUUUCUUUGAACAGGUUGAUUUUUGUAUUAGUUAUCUAUACCUUUGUUUGUUUUUUUUUACAGGUCAUUGUGAAGAAUUUAUCAUCAGGAACUCGUGUUGUCCUCAAAUCUCAUUAUGGAUAUGAGGUAACAUCCUCUUCAUUGCUAUUUUCAUAGGAAAAGUUGUUUUGAACAACUCUGAUAUAUGUAAGUAUUAAGAACUUAGGGUCUGCUACACAGAGUGAAGGAAGGUUCACGUAGUUGCAAAUUCUUGGAAUGCUUUAAUACACUGUAUGGUUAUGUGUGUUUUCUCUGACUAUAAUAAUAUAGACACUGAGUUGUAAAGAAUAAAGUUUGUACUGUCCAUUAGGGGUCUUUAUUUAGAAAUCCUCUACCAUUCCAAUUUCUAUAAUUAUAGUAGAGAUACCUCUGCAGUGUGGACAUUUAAUCCAGCCCCUUUGUUGUCUGUAUUAAGGAGGUUUGAAUGCACAAUUCCUAUCUCUACAACAUAUCAUCAUGACUGUUGUCCUGUUAUCACUCAGCUGGAAAGGUGUUUGAUCGUACACAGCAACUUCCCUGCUAUGGAAUUUUGCCCAUGCAUGUAGCAUUUAGCUUUGUUAAUUUUUUUGCUCAUUAAUAUUCUUAUGCCUUUAUGUUUUGAUUAAGAUUGAUAAAGUGAGCAUUAUGGGCAAAGACAGAUAUCUUGUGGCCUAUACGACUGAUACACUUUUGGUUGGCGAUCUUUCACAUAAUAAACUCAGUGAGGUAGGUUAGUUUCUGAACAUGAGAAUAUUUGGAUUUGUUUUAAAAGAGGAUUUUUCCUAAGCUAUUUUCUUCUUCUCUAUCUAGGUCCCUUGGCAAGGCACUGGUGGAAAUGAAAAGUUCUUUUUUGAAAAUGAAAACGUAUGUACAUAUUACAUGUCCAAUCAAGCUAUAUUUACGGUAUCACUUCAUGAAAAAUGCUCUUCCAGUGAGCUGUUUACAUACAAAAUCUUCAGCGAAACUACACUAAUGCUUAAAAUAUAUCUAUAUAUUAAGAAAAUCUAUCCUAUAAUUAAUUACACAAAAGUCAAUCAACCUUGAAUGUACAUUAUAUAACUAACAUAAGUUCUCUCUCAACUCCCUCAAGGCAAUCCCUGGUUCAAGGUAAAGACAGGGCAGACUUGAAAGAGUUGAGAUUUAUCUCAUCUUUAAGCACAUUUUCUAGGCUAUUCCACAUGACUGCCCCCCUAUAUCUGAAAGCCUGUUUAGCAGCUUCAGCGGUCCACAGGAUAUUGGGUGCAAAUCUGUCAAUCCGUACAAAAGAGAGUCAGUUUGACCUUUGAUUGAUUUUUGCCAGUCAUUUUAUGCUGAGACCAUUAUACUCUAAGUGCCAACUUGAGAAUAUAAAAAGUGCUUCUUGGGCAAACAAAUUACAAUUACUGUGGAUUGAUUUACAUUUCAAUUUAUUACAAGUGCCUUAAGCCAUUUCAAUGCUGCUUCAAGUUGGGCACCAUUGAACAGAAAAAGAUGUUAUUCCUCUGUGUUACACAAAACAAUGACCUAAAAUAGAACAGUUGAUUGCUGCAAUUCUGCAAGCUCACAGAGCAUGAAGCAAAAAAAAAAACAAGCUUCAUUUAAGAGAUCAGUUAACUUUUCUCUCAAUUUGUUUCUUAAGCAGCCCAGGCUUGAAGUACCUUUAACAGCUGGUCAACGGACAAUGUCCAGUCAAAGUAGGAAUUGAUGAGACAAUUUUUCUGCUGAAAGAAAAUUUAAUUCAGAGCUUCUAUAGAAAUGAUAUGUAACACUAAUAUGAUGUAACACAGAUUUGUCUUGCCAAAAACAAUAUAGACAGGGAGCAAAAAAUAGGUUUGACCUGUUAACAUGACCAGCUGCAAAAUUGGGAUCAUUAUACGUUUCUGGGAAACUGCCCACCUACCCCUCCCCUAAGCCAACAUUUUGCCCUAAGUGAGAAGUAAGUGUCAAUGUUGGCUUAGGGGAGGGGUAGGUGGGCAGUUUCCCAGAAAUGUAUAAUGAUCACAAAAUUGUUUCGAGCUCUCUUUUAGUUCCACAUGUAGUUGCUUUCUUUUUUCAGCAUUGUUAGAUUUUUCACCUGCUGUUCUUUAAUAGUUGCUUGACUGUUCAAGAACAAUAAAACAAGAAAAAAAAGCGGAGACUUCAUUCAUUUAAGUUCAUGUAUUGAAAAUUUCAAUCAUUCUACGUUUCUGGAAAUUUGCCCACCUACCCCUCCCCUAAGCCAACUUUUUGCCCUAAGUGAGAAGUAAGUGUUAAUGUUGGCUUCGGGGAUAGUAGGUAAUGCUCCGAUUUCCAUGCUUGUUCUAGGUAUGUAUGGUAUUCAAUGCAGGAGAGCUGUCACUGGUUGAAUAUGGAAACAAUGAAAUUCUUGGAACUGUGAGAACUGAGUUCAUGAACCCACACUUGAUUAGGUAUGCCUGACUACACAUUACAAAACUUAAAGUUUAAACUGGGGUUUCAAUAAAAAUUGAAGUAGCCUGCAGGUUUGAAUAGAGUAACUGACUGUAUCAACAAGGGGCCAGUAGUCCUCAUUUUCAAGAGGUGUCUGAGGGCCAGUUUUCCAUUCAAGAAGAUUUGGGCUUAAGGCAAACUUAUCAGCCACACAAUUAACUCCUACAAGCAAUGAACAAAUGGUAAUAUUACUAAGUUACGUACAUUUUCUGGUAAAUAAAUUCUACUUUUGUCCAUAACAUUAUUCGAACUAGUUGCUUCUUCUUUGGAGAAAAAAGUAGCCGCCUUCUUUGAGCAAUGUAGCUGACUCGUUUCAUCAGUCGUCGAUGCUUAUUGAAACCCAUGGGAAAUGCACAUCACUAGGGACGUAUGUUUCCUGGGUAGGGGAACACUUAUCCCUAAUGAUGUGUGUUUUCCUAGCAGGAUAACACAUAUCACUAGGGAUAUUUGUUUCCUGAAUAGGGAAGCAGAUAUCACUGGGGAUAUGUAUUUCCUAGGUAGGGGAAAUACACGUAUAACCAGGGAUAUGUGUUUCCUGGGUAGGGGAACACAUAUCACCACAGAUACAUGUAUGUGUUUCCUGGGUAGGGAAACACAUAUCACUGGGUAUAAGAGGUUUGAACUUGAAAUCCGUAAAACAGUGCUCAAUACAUAAAGUAGAGCGAGUAUACGUAUGGUUGACGGAAGAAAACAAGUAACUACAUAAGUAUCCCUACAAGCCUGUUUCGUGGUUGCCCACUCAUCAGGGGAUUUUAAUGAGAAUAACUUUACCAUUACUUAUAUACUAGACUGAUUUACAUAAUUUAUUCAGUGCGAGGUUCGUUACAUCAGUUGUUGCGCAAGAGGGCUUUGUUUCUGUGGCGGCAGGAGGACACGAGUUCAUUACGUUUGUUAAGUGUAGAGAGUUCAGGUCGGCAGAUGAUAAGGAAUUUUUCUUUAAGACAUAAGUUGCAUCGUUUGCUUGAGCUGUUGUACGGCAGGUGUGAAGAUAGAAUGCGCCAGGCGAUAGAGUAGUUGAUGUUGUUUUCUUUAAGAGUCCAGACGUGUUUGCUGAGUUCAGUGGAGUUUCUGUGCCUUCAGCCUGCUGUCAUCUACCAAGCUACUGUCACACGAAAAGACACCAACACGACAGAAACGUACAUCGGGCUUACUGCGAACGACUUCAAAACAAGAUACAGCAACCACAUGUCAUCAUUCCGUCACGCAAAGAACAGAAACUCCACUCAACUCAGCAAACACGUCUGGACUCUUAAAGAAAACAACAUCAACUACUCUAUCGCCUGGCGCAUUCUAUCUUCACACCUGCCGUACAACAGCUCAAGCAAACGAUGCAACUUAUGUCUUAAAGAAAAAUUCCUUAUCAUCUGCCGACCUGAACUCUCUACACUUAACAAACGUAAUGAACUCGUGUCUUCCUGCCGCCACAGAAACAAAGCCCUCUUGCGCAACAACUGAUGUAACGAACCUCGCACUGAAUAAAUUAUGUAAAUCAGUCUAGUAUAUAAGUAAUGGUAAAGUUAUUCUCAUUAAAAUCCCCUGAUGAGUGGGCAACCACGAAACAGGCUUGUAGGGAUACUUAUGUAGUUACUUGUUUUCUUCCGUCAACCAUACGUAUCACUAGGUAUAUGUGUUUCUUGGGUAGGGGAACACAUCACUAGGGAUGUGUUUCCCAGGUUGGAGAACAUAUCAGUAGGGAUAUGUGUUUCCUGGGUAGGGGAACAGAUCACUAGGGGUAUGUAUUUCCCGGUAGGGGAACACAUCACUAGGGAUAUGUGUUUCGUGGUUAGGAGAACACAAAUCAUUAGGGAUAUGUAUUUCAUCGGCAGGGGAACACAUAUCACUAGGGUAUUUGUUUCCUUGGUAGGGGAUAUGUGUUUUCUGGAUAGGGGAGUACAUAUCACUAGGGAUAUGUGUUUCCCGGGUAGGGGAACAGAUCAAUAGGGGUAUGUAUUUCCCGGGUAGGGGAACACAUCACUAGGGAUAUGUGUUUCCUGGUUAGGGGAACACAAAUCAUUAGGGAUAUGUAUUUCGUCAGCAGGGGAACACAUAUCACUAGGGUAUGUGUUUCCUUGGUAGGGGAUAUGUGUUUUCUGAAUAGGGGAACACUAUUCACUAGGGAUAUGUGUUUGCCGGGUAGGGGACGUUUACAGGAAAGUAUCUUCCUGAAAAGGUCAAAUCUGUUAACUUUUCUUACUUACUUACUACAACUGUAAUAUUUCUUUACUAUAAAUAGUACAUGUAAACCCUUGUCUUCUGGUACCGUCUUUAUUUUGUCGUGCAAUAAAUUGUGCUAGGGUUGGAGAAGAUCAUACAAUAUGCCUGUCGACAAAAAUUAUAAGAAACAAAACAUUUCCGACACUUUUUUGUUGCCUAGAUAUCUAAGUAACAUUGAUUCCUUAACAUUCUAGGUCAAUCAACCAAAUUUCCUUCGUGGUUUAGCUUUUGAGAGCUGAUUUGAAUGCUCGCAUUUAAAAUCAUAACAAAAAUGACAGUGCAAGUGUCUUAAAAAAUGGUUGGUUUAUUUUAAGUAGUCAGUUUGAUAAGCAUAAAUUGAUGUGGGGUUUUAGGUAUCUGUAGUUUAAUUUAAACAUGUUACACGUAAAUCAAUAGCACCUCCGGCCCUCUUUAUGUGGAGAAAAGUGAUCGCGGGAAAGACUGACACUCUUCCAGCCGAGUUUAUUAUAGAAUAGCAUAACAGAAAAAAGUAGGUAACGUCUGCAAGGCAGCGGUGAUAUCCUCUGACUCGUCCCCAGUCGUCUUUCAUUAUUAGUAUUUGUAGUAAUAAUUAACGAGUAGAGACAACUUGGAGACGACUGGGGACGAGUCAGGUGAUAUCCUUGUUCUGGGCUCCCAAGGGACUCAGCAAAUUACCGAAAAUACGUUUCCAGUUUCCCAUCAUCCUGAUUGGCCAAUUGACCUGGUACACAGGUGGGGGCCCAGACUGAGAAUGAGGAUUUUGGCUUUGUUUCGCACACGGACGUAACCAGAAGUUUAGUUCUAUCUGUGGCACAGGAUAUGGAUAACUUGGGAAGUCGAGUGAUCGUUCUACCCUGGUCGAGUUUUUUCCUUUAAAGGGGGUCUUAGGAGCUUGACUAAAACACCACAUGAGUACACACUAACGGGUAGCAUACGAGUAACAUUCGGAUACAUACGGGUAUUUUCGAAUACAUUCGGGUAACUUAAGGGUAACAUACAAACUCGUAUGUUACCCGUAUGUACCCUUGAAGUGUUUUAGUCAAGAUGGGGCCUUAGACACCCCUGGAGGUAUCCUGUAGCCCUAUCUAGGAGCACUGGUUUCUCUAAAUGACCGCUACGUAGGAGGUGAGAUGACGUUAAAUUGCAAUACUGGACGAUGAUGCGGUUAUGCAAAUGAAGCAAUUUAUUACUUACUUAAAUUAUGACUCUAAAGAGGUGUGUUCGGUUAACUUAUGCAAUAUUAAAAUGGUUUUGCUCAUUAUGCACGGUAACAAUCUCUGCUUCUUUGUUUCUGAAGUGUUCGCCUCAAUGAAAGGAAGCAAAGAGGUAUUGAAGAUAACAAAAAGAUGGCUUACCUAGUUGAUUUGAAGACCAUCACUGUUGGUGAGUUAUCGAAAAACAAGAUUUAUUUCAGAGCAUUCCUCAUCUAAUUAAAACAUAAGCGUGGUCAUUCGAGAUAACUUGAUAUUGAGCCAAGUAAUUUUUUUGGGAGGGUUCAUAGAUUUAUUCUACUAAAUUGUAAUUUCUUAGUGUUGCGGACCAGUGCAAUCACCAAAUGACGUAAUACAAAAGAUUGGAAAGACAAUGAACAAUACCCACACUAAAACACAAAAGCGAACCAAUAAUGGUUCCGCUACACUAAGAAACAUCACUAAAUUGUUUUCAUAUGAUGAGAUUUUUCGAUGUCACAUUUUCAUAGAAUUAUUCCUACUAAAUUGUAAUUUCUUGGUGAUGAGGACGGAUGCAAUCACCAAAUGACGUAAUACAAAAGGUUGAAUAGACAUCGAACAAUACCCACACCACAACGGAAAAGCGAACCAACAAUGGUUCCGCCACACCAAGAAAUACCCCUAAAUUGUUUCAUUCAUUUAUUCUUUCAUGCUUCAUGUUUUUGUCUUUCGUUUACUGACGCUAGGAACUACGAUAAUAACUUUUCUGUUUUACGUUUUUUCAGUUGAUCUGGUCAGCGGAUUCAACGUUGCAACAGUAAAUCAUGAUUCAAGGAUUGACUGGCUUGAGGUGAGACACUGGCUCAUCCCCAUUCCUAUUUAUCUAUUAAGAUGCGAGAAUCGCACGCGAGGAACGAAACGCGGGAAGCGUGACCAAGAGGAGCGCGAAGGGUGAUCGGAAGAAGGAAAGCGAAAGACAGAUUCGCCCCUCUUUUCUCUUUCCCAUCGCCACUCCUGCUCCCCUUGAUCGCGCUUUCCUUGACCGCGCUUCCCUCGUUAAUAGUAGUGAACUCACGCAACAAGACGGAAGAGAAAAGAAGACGGCAAACCUUGUGUGACAAUCGUGACAAUAAUUUUGUUUGAAAAAACAUGUCGCCAAACUACACCUUUCUUUGAACAGAUCGUUUUGUAAAAGACGAGAAACAGUAAUGUUAAGGGAAGACCACGACAAAAGUCCCAAGUAAUAGCCCUGUCACGUUUGUCACACACAAGCGUUUUGCCGUCCUCUUCUUCCUGCCUUCCUGUUGCGUAAACUCACUAGUGUGUUUACACAACAGGACAACAGAAAGUAGAGGACAGCAAAACAUUUGAGUGUGACACAAACGUGACAGGGCUUAACAUGUAUGUUUUCUGGUCUUUUACGAAAAGAUCUCUUCAAAGGAGGUUGAAUUUUGGCUGAAUUCAAAGACAGUUGUCUCGCUUUCCCAGUUUCACGCAAAGUUUGCCGUCUUCUUUCUUCUACUGUCCUGUUUACUGAGUUCACUUAUAUAAAUAGGAGUCUGAGACACGAUUAGGUACUAGUCAGGGUGAGACAAGGAUGAAUAUUUUACAUUUGUUUACAUUUAUUUAAGAUUUCUGUGUACUGUCUAUUCCUCCAGGCAGCUGUGAUUAUGUGCAUCUUUAUAAUUAACAUAUUGGGUAAUACUCUCUAUGUAGUUAAAUGGGCAGUUAAAUGAGGCGGACAAAUAAGAAAAAAAUUCUGCCUUUUUUAUUUAGCUCAGUGAAACCGGAAAAACGCUUCUGUUUCGGGACAAGAAAUUAAGGGUAAGUUUUCUAAUUUAGUGCGCCCUGUUGUUACUUGAUAUGUUUUUCGGGAUCCGGGAUUGGUCUUAGUAGAAAGGUGAAGCGAGAUUCGAGACGGGAUACGGGAUUACAGUUAUGAACAGGAUGCGGGAUUUGUCGACUUUACGAUGCAGGAUUCGGAAAUUGUUGCUCAAAAGAACUGAUAUCCUGUAUGGAAAGUCAGCUACAUUUUCUAAAAUGUAACAAAAAACUGCUCUCAUUUUAACUGACCAGAAAUGCGCACAUUUUUCCUUUACCCUGUCAUGUGCCAAUUUUGGGCCACACCCGCCCCAAUCUCCUCGCGGUUUCUCUGCCCUCGCCCGCCUUUAUUACUUUGCACACCCAACCAAAACCGCUAUGCUACGCAGGCUACGUCAAAAGAUUUUUUUCGGCAAAUGAUUCAAUAAGUUACAUCGAAAAUGUGCAGUAGGCUUUAUAAAAGAGCUAUUUAAACAUACGAAUCUUGUGGUAUCAAAUUGAUAAAAUAUAUCAUACUGAUAAAAAUAUAUACUGAUAAAAAAUGGCCAUGUCGGUAAGAAAUAAAAGCAUAUUAACAAACAAAUGAGAAACGAUGAUUUUGAAACCGACUGCUGGAUAGGUACUGCUGUUCGUGUUGUUUAUUCAAGUUUGUAGGUUGAAUGAAAUCAUAGACAACAAACGUUUGAAACGUUGAAGACAGUGAAGCGAAAUUCAAUGAAAGUAAUAGAAUCGAACUCAUACAGCAAAAAUGGAAAAGUUAACUACAAACGGAGCAAAAACGUUGAAUAAACAUGAGUGCAUAAAAUCAAGAUUACAAUACUUACAGCAUAGAUUAAAACUGGUUAAAACGACAUUAAGAGCCGCCUGUUUUGCAUUACUUAAGCGGUUUUCCCGACUGAUUGGCCUGAUUCUCCCUUCCGUUAUUUUGACUGAGUAAUAAAAUUCACUUUCUCCUUGCUAAGAGCCCAUUUUUUAACGGAAACCUCUUACGAUAUCACAGCUUUCGCUCAUUCACAAAUAGACUUUCAAAAAAGUCCUUCGCCAGAUUUCAUGUGGCGCGGGACGCUCCGUUCGCCAAGAGGUCGACUUAUAGCAAGUCUAAUUCACAAAUAACAAACAAACUUGUGGAUGAACCCGUUACCGUGACCGCUGGGAGAGUUAGGAAAAUCCGGACCGCGCGAAGAAGCAAUCAGAUUGCAGGAUUUCUUUGCAAGUUUAUUGUUUGAAGAAAAUUACCGAUUUUAAACGAGAGCUGGGCCUUUAGUGUUGGCUAAGUGUAGAGAUUAUGCCUUAUGAUGCCCUUCAAGUGUCCUCAUCAACAAAACUUCAUGUUUUGGUCAGAUAUGAAACAUGAAAUUGGCAGACAACCCAAUCAGAUAUGAAGUAAACCAACGUUUUUCCCGCGAAAUGACGUCUGAGGGAUGAUACUGAUGAUACCAAUCAGAAGUUUGGUCCCAGAUGUGGGUAUUGGCACAUCAUUAGUUUGGAUUUUUGUGGAGAACCCUGUACCUGAGAUGUCCCAUGCAAGCCGUCUAUGGGGGUCUCAGUUCGGUUGUUUGGGAUCUCGGAUUUGCCUUAUUCGAUGGCUGGGAUCCGGAUUUUUGCGGAAGAAGAGAGAAAUAAUAGAAUUGUAAUUAUGAACGGGAUGAUUCGGGAUUCUGCCCUAUCAGGUGGCAAUUUAGACCACACCCCGACCAUUUUUUUUCCCUCUAACUACCACUGGUUCUCUGGAGAUUAAGGAAUUUGGAAUCUCUACGACGCACCUUUUAGAACGUACGUUUGGGAUCGGAAUAUGUAAAUAAGAACCGUAACAUGGUACUCCCGUUAAACUAAACUCAAAAAUAACGAAAUUAAUUCACUGGCGUAUUGAUUUGUUCAGCAAAAUGCGUUUAUCAGCUGCUUCAAAUUAUUUGAAUUUUCAUAUUUUCGAUAGUACCAUUUCAUAUACUGUUUAAAAAACGAGCAGGAGUAUAUUAUCGGGUUUGAAGGCGAAGCCGAGAGUUGACACACCUGUUAAAACAUUACUGCGACGUUUUUGAACGGCUUCAAAGUCUCUGAUAUAGAUUAACUCAUUCUUGAUCUAAUAUUUACAUUUGAAGUUAUAUUGGUCUAAAAAAUUUAAAGACGUAAAGUUUAGCCGGGUCUUUAUAAGAUACAAAGGCAGUUAUUAAACUCUAAUUUCUUUUAUUUUCUUUAUUAAUUAUUCAUGAGUUUUUGAAUUUGUGACAAGUAAUAUAUCAAACAUGAGACGCAGUGUUUCAUGAAACACCGAGAAGAGAGUUGAAAAUACGACGCGCAGCGGAGUAUUUUUGACGAACUUCGAGGUGUUUCAUCUGGUGAUGAAACACUGUGUCGAAUGUUUGAUAUUUCUUCUCAAACAAAAUCAUUUUUGAAGGAGAAAUUAAGGAUGCAAAUACUGAGCAGUUUUUCAUCCGAUUUCCAAACACUCAUUAAACAUUAAUUUUCUUUGUAUUUUCUUUAUGAAUUAUUAAUGAGUUUGAGAAUUGCUUGUCAAAAAUUAAGUGAUUCUUAUCACUAAGUUUGGAGAUACUUGAAUCUGAAUUUUCUUUAUACUAACACUGAGCGUUUUUUAGCGUUGUAUUUUCUCACUAGGAAGGUAUAUGAUCUACAUCAGUUAGGCUUUAAUAGUCUGUCAACCAAUUGAUUGGUUAGUCUUAUUUAUUACGGAACUACUUAAUUUUCUUUCUAUUUGCUGUAAAUUGCUUCCUCUAAAACUGAACCGCACUUUCACGCGCUGCAUACAGCAUCUGGUUAUCAUGAAUAUGUGAUGUCACCAACUUGCUUCUAUAUAUUCUUUCAAAAAUUGUCUUCUCGUUAGUAAGUUUGGAAACAGUUGAGUCUGAAUUUUAUAUACUCGCUUUAGAUUGCUUCAUUUAAAAUCUUCGGCUCGUUUUUACUGUCUCUACCAAGAAACAAGUCAGGAGACUUAACGUAGCUGAAAUUGGCGAUCAGAAAGAUUGGUGCCAACUGUAAUGUCUUAGAACGACGUUGCCGACUACUUCAUCCUGUGUUUGGAAAACACACCUUCUUUAUCAUGAACAGAACAUACAGUAACUGCUUUUUCUUUGAAGACAACCUUUUGCACUUUGACUCAACGGAGACAGUUUUCAUCAUAAGGAUUUUAUCUUGUGUCGUCAAUUGUUUAUUUUCUCUGAUGUCAAGUUUGGGAAACCUUCUUAUUUUAAUCGUGAUUAGAAAAACCCAAGAUCUUCAUUUGCCGUCUUUCGUUCUUGUGGGUAGUUUGGCAGCCUCAGAUCUCCUUGUUGGCUUGAUAUGUCAACCUUUGCUAGUUGCACUGAACAUAGCCGAACUUAAAAAGAAUUUCAACGUCUUCUGCUAUUGUAGAAUGCUUCUAUUUGUAACAGGCUGGACGACAGGUGGCGUUUCUCUUUUGAUCUUAACUGCAAUUUCCGUGGACCGUCUUCUUGCGUUAACUCUCCAUUUGCAAUACAACACGACUGUCACAGUUGCUCGCGUAUUCCAAACCACUUUUGUUUUCUGGAGCUUUUGCGUUUUUAUUAAUGUUACAAGGUUUUGGAUGACAACCAAGUGGUAUUUCAUCCCAUUGGCUGUUUUCCUUCUUUCUUUUGUCGUCAUAACCGUCUGUACGUUAAAUAUAUUUAAAAUUGUUCGAAGGCACCAACGCCAGAUAAACUGUCAAACUUUGGCUGUCAUCCGCCUUCAAACCAACACAGUGAACAUACUCAAAUGCAGAAAAUCUGCUGUGACAGUACUUUAUAUUUACGCUUUGUUUUUAAUUGUCUACCUUCCCUUCAUUACAUUGACGGUUAUGGAAUUGCUGAUCGGAAUGACCAGAGCAUUAGCAACUGCUUCAAUCUAUGCUGCUACUGUCGUUUUUAUAAACUCUUUUCUUAAUCCGUUUGUGUAUUGCUGGAGAAGUAGAGAAAUACGAAGAGCUGUAAAAAAUAUCCUGAAAAGACAGAUGGCACAAAAAUGAUGGCCAUCACAGCUAAUCACAAAAUGUCCUCAUAAUUUACCUCUAAUACGUUCAAAAUAUGUAGUAACACGAAAAUGACAAACAUCCCUUGCAAAUAUAAAGUACUUUUAAAGCAAUACUUAUUCUCAGUCCUGGACAUAAGUGAAAAUUAAUAGCUCAGCAUUAGGCCACCUGCGUUACUUAAUUUUUUUCUUUUUAGCCAACAAGACCGCACUUUACAACAGAAGACUUAAAAAUAUUCCUUAUUAGUGUAUGAAGCAGUAAAUAAUCUAAAACCAGUUGCAAAAAUAGGGAGCUUAGGCAACAACGACGGCGACUUCUACGAAAACGUCACUUAAAAAUUAUUGCGUUCGCGCUGCUUCAAACUUACCGCGCUUAUUCCAUGUUGUUCAUUUUGUCAAAUCUUAGCGAAUUUUUGAGGAGUUGAAUUCUAAAGGACUCCAUCAAUAAUCAGAAAAAGAGAAAAAGGGUCGUUGUCCUUUGUUCACGUCCUCCACAAAACGUGAAAUUUGUCAGUUUCACGUCGUAGUCGUGCAACGACGGCGUAGAAAUGUACAAAAAAUUGUGAUGCGCGUGCAAAGUUGUUGUUUUGCUAAUCAAACCUAUUGCUUUUUUGCCCUUCUCGUUGCCGUCGCCGUCGUCGUUGCUUCAGAGUUAUUUAAGUAUACCUAAAUGACAAGAGUAAGCUAAGUAUAAGUAAUAAGGUUAAUAGGUAUAAUUAUCAAUCAACAAUAUCAAAUUAAUUUAGGGUAUCUAAUUAUUGAUUCAAAUUAAUAGUUGAAGAAAAAGAAAAUUCUAGUUAAUAGUCUAAAAAUUAAGUAGGAAAAGAGCCUGAAAAAUCACACACACACACACACACACACAAAAGGAAAACUAGGCUAUACGAGAAAUUAUUAAUCAACAGUAUGGAAAUAGUUAGGACAGAUUAGCUUGUUGAACUAAAAAAUCUAUGGAAGUUCUUUCUAAAGAUGUGUUUUGAAGAUUCGUCUUUGAGUUCAGAGGGAAGGGUAUUCCAAACAUUUGUGCCUUGAUAUGUUAUGGUAAAUUUCCAAAUUAUGAACGGGAUGUGCGAUUUAGCGAGUUUACGAUGCAGGAUUCGGGAUUCUACCCUAUCACGUGGCAAUUUUGACCACACCCCGACCAUUUUUAUUCCUCUAUGUACCACUGGUUCUCUGGAGAUAAAGGAAUCUGGAAUCUCUACAACGCACCUUUUAGAACGUACGUUUGGAAUCGGAAUACGUAAAUAAUAACCUUAACAUGGUACUGGCGUUAAACUAAACUCAAAAAUAACAAAAUUAAUUCGUUGGCUUAUUGACUUGUUCAGCAACAUGCGUUUAUCAGCUGCUUCAAAUAAUUUGAAUUUUCAUAUUUUCGAUAGUACCAUUUCAUAUACUGUUUAAAAAACGAGCAGGAGUAUAUUAUCGGGUUUAAAGGCGAAGCCGAGAGUUUUCACACCUGUUAAAACAUUACUGCGAGGUUUUUGAACGGCUUCAAAAUAUCUGAUAUAGAUGACUCAUUUAUUUACAUGUGAGGUUAUAUUGGUCUGAAAAAUUGGACGUAAAGUUUAGGCGGGUCUUUACAAGAUACAAAGGCACUUAUUAAACUCUAAUUUCUUUUGUUUUCGUUAUUAAUUAUUCAUGAGUUUUUGAAUUUCUGACAAUGGUUUAUCAAAAAUUAAGUGAUUCUUAUUACUAAGUUUGGAGAUACUUGAAUCUGAAUUUUCUUUAUACUAACACUGAGCGUUUUUUAGCGUUGUAUUUUCUUACAGGGAAGUAAAAUGAUCUACAUCAAUUAGGCUUUAAUAGUCUGUCAACCAAUUGAUUGGUUAGUAUUAACGGAAGCGCUUAAUUUUUUUUGGUAUUUGCUGUAAAUUGCUUCCUCUAAAACUGAGCCGCACUUUCACGCGCUGCAUACAGCAUCUGGUUAUCAUGAAUACGUGAUGUCACCAAUUUGCUUCUAUAUAUUCUUUCAAAAAUUGAACGCUUCUCGUUAGUAAGUUUGGAAACAAUUGAGUCUGAAUUUUAUUUAUGCUCGCUUUCGAUUACUUCAUUUAAAAUCUUCAGCUCGUUUUUACUUCCUGUACCAAGAAACAAGUCAGGAGACGACGUUGCCGACAACUUCAUCCUGUGUUUGGAAAACACACCUUCUUUAUCAUGAACAGAACAUACAGUAACUGCUUUUUCUUUGAAGACAACCUUUUGCACUUUGACUCAAGGGAGACAGUUUUCAUCACAAGGAUUUUAUCUUGUGUCGUCAAUUGUUUAUUUUCUCUGAUGUCAAGUUUGGGAAACCUUCUUAUUUUAGUCGUAAUUAGAAAAACCCAAGAUCUCCAUUUGCCAUCUUUCGUUCUUGUGGGUAGUUUGGCAGCCUCAGAUCUCCUUGUUGGCUUGCUAUGUCAACCUUUGCUAGUUGCAAAGUACAUAGCCGAACUGAAAAAGAAUUUCAACGUCUCCUGCUAUUGUAGAAUGCUUUUGUUUAUAACAGGCUGGACGACAGCUGGCGUUUCUCUUUUGAUCUUAACUGCAAUUUCCGUGGACCGUCUUCUUGCGUUAACUCUUCAUUUGAAAUACAACACGACUGUCACAGUUGCUCGCGUAUUCCAAACCACUUUUAUUUUCUGGAGCUUUUGCGUUUUUAUUAAUGUUACAAGGUUUUGGAUGACAACCAAGUGGUAUUUCAUCCCAUUGGCUGUUUUCCGUCUUUCUUUUGUCGUCGUAACCGUCUGUACGUUAAAUAUUUUUAAAAUUGUUCGAAGGCACCAACGCCAGAUAAACAGUCAAACUUUGGCUGUCAUCCGCCUUCAAACCAACACAGUGAACAUACUCAAAUGCAGAAAAUCUGCUGUGACAGUACUUUACAUUUACGCUUUGUCUUUAAUUGUCUACCUUCCCUUCAUUACAUUGACGAUUAUGGAAUUGCUGAUCGGAAUGACCAGAGCAUUAGCAACUGCUUCAAUCUAUGCUGCUACUGUCGUUUUUAUAAACUCUUUUCUUAAUCCGUUUGUGUAUUGCUGGAGAAGUAGAGAAAUACGAAGAGCUGUAAAAAAUAUCCUGAAAAGACAGAUGGCACAAAAUUGAUCUGCCGUUUUUGAAGGCCCGAUACAGUAUUUUGCUGGUCAGCGGCAUCGCCUUUUAACUUUCAAAACACCGGUAACUUUGAAUUGGUUUUCAACGCGAGCCUGGUAGGCGAUAAAAAAACCCAAAACUUAGAGCGAAAACAGAAAACUUAAUUUUUAAACUUCGCCUCUCGUUUCCUUCUUCCUUUUCACACAUUAUAUAUUGUGCCAAAGACAAACUGUGCUUGCACAGCGAGUGAAUUUUUUUGAAAGUAUGCGGCGCGAUAGUCUUCGUGACACGAUGAUCGAUGUUGUGUGGAAAGGCCAAAAACAAUCAUAUUUCCAAAGGCUGUAGCGGUGCCCUGUUAAAGACAUACCAACCUUCAAGUAUGCAGAGCUGGUGAGCUGGAGCCGUUUGAAAUGGUUUGCGAGCGUCACUUCGAUUUGAUAUAAAGACAAAACGACCGCAGGUGUUCUUGCCCUUCAACUUGGUGACACACUGCGAAGUUGCACGUUCAUACCAUCCCGUGCAAGUUAUUUCAAACUCUAUAUAAAGCUGGUGCUUUGCUGCCGAAUUACACGUUGGUGUAAUAAGUGCCGAAAUGAAGCGCCAAAGAUGUCAAACAACUGGCCAAAAGUGAGAAAAAAACCGAAAAGAUCGCGACAAAAAAGCGUAAACAAGAUCACACGGAUGUAAGUUUUCGAAUGACCAUUUUUUGUUUGAUGUUGUACUGAGAGAAAUCUGUAAUGAAACCUCAAUUCUGGUUUAUGUAUGAAGGAUAAGUAUUUCAAUGCAUUAUUUUUUCUUUUCAGGAAUUCUUUUUUCUAUAAUAUUAAUAUUACAAAGUUUGAAAAUUAUUUACAAACUUGUUUUGAAAUUCUUUUUGUGUUAUCAAAGCUUAAAAUAAUUAUCUAAAAGGCCAAAUAAAAGAACAUGAGGACAAGCCAAAGGGAAGAAGGUGGGGAAAAGGUUUUGAUGUCCUUUCACACUGAAGUAACAAGGCAGAAUGACACAUAACUCUGCGUCCACAUGUGAUCAACAAUGCGCUCUGUAGGGGGGGUACAAAGGGUGGGGGGUACAAAGGAUUGCCCCCAACCACUCACCAUGUCAUGUUACGAAAUUGUAGUUAUUUUUGGUCAGUGCCCCAAGUACAGUUUUGUUCGACGAGGACGUCGAAAUUUUUUAAGGUGGGCGGAAUGUAAGGAGAGAUUUUUCAUGAAUUCUUUAUUUGCCUCGAAUUUCUUAUAUAGCUUUCAAAUGUUCGCUUUGACGUUGUUUUCAGUAAUUCAUACUGAAUUCGCAUAAAGAGGUUUUCGCUCCGCAAAAAGGCUUAUGCCAUUUUAUUGUACUUGUUUGAUUACUUAGUGUUCGUUAACGCAAUAAUGCUAGAAAAACCCAACAGUGUGUACAGCUGUCAAAACUAUUUGCCACUGACUCUUUUCAACUGGACACGUUUAACUUCAAUUGUUGACUUUUAGAAAAAAAUCAUUAGUUUUCAGAAUAAUGGCUAUUAACUUUAGUUUAUCUUUUAAUUUAAGCUUUCUUUUUAUUCUGCACGACAUCCGUUAACAUUAGCACCUUUUUACAGAUGUGCCUCGCUUUAAUUGCAUUUUACCCUUAUGUAUUUGCGAAUAUAACGUUCAUUAGUCUGUUGGUUAAAUAGUGGCAACAGCUGCGUUUGGGAUAUGAACGGUUUUGCUGACUUGCAAAUUCGAAAUAUAUUUGCUUUGCUUUAAAACUAGGAAACUAAUAAUUAGUCCGCGUUUCUUCCUGUUUGCACAGACGCUAGCUGGCCUUGCAAUUUUGUACAUAAAUGCUGUUUUGCUGACGUAGCAAACGUAGCUAGCUUUUGUUCCAGUACUUUUACUUUUUAAAAAUAGCAACACUAACGAUCUAUAACCACCUCUUUUGUUUGAUUUUCUUUUACUUCUAAAUGAUCUCUGUUUACACAUCUAUUGUACUCUUUUGUUUUCAAUGGUUAUUGAAAUCAUAUAUAAGUAAGUUGCUUUGAACUGGUUUUUCGCUUACAUCGCCGACUACAUUAAUUUGUGAGCUAAGUUACGUUACGUGUGCAACAAUAAACGCUGUUGGAACCAAGUUCAGUUUGCCUUUGCUGUAGCAGUUAGUGGUUUGAUCCCGGACCUCAAGAGAAGUGACGGCUCUUUCCCGCACUGGCAAGCGAGUUGCAAUUGAGUCUAGUUUCCCCCCGGUUAACCGAUAGUUAAAGCGCCGAGUUCCCGUUGAGUGUUCUAAUCGUUCGAAAGUGGAAAAACCUUCCGUUACAUUUUGUUUACGUCCUCCACAAAACGUGAAAUUCAUAGUCGUGCAACUAUGGCGUAGAAAUGUACAAAAAAGCGUGAUGCACGUGCAAAGUUGUUGUUUUGCUAAUCAAACCUAUUGCUUUUUUGCCCUUCUCGUUGCCGUCGCCGUCGUCGUUGCUUAAGUUUCUUUAUGGUGAGACACUCCGACGAAAACAUCGACCUUUCUUACUUCAAAUCGCUGCUAGUUAAACGUUUGUGAGAUAGAAUACUUACCUCCCUCCUCCCCUCCAUUCAUAGUUGUUACCCCAAGUAUCAAGACUUUGCUGGUAUGCAGGAUUAGUUGGCAAAACAACGAUCGAACAAAGUUAGCAAUGAAACCUAGCUCCAAAACAAAAGAGCUGUGACAUAAAUGGGGUUCAAUGAAAUUAGAGGUUAUAAAGAAGUUCGAGGCUUUCCUAGCCGGAUGUUUGAUGCAAUUACGAGGGUACUAUGCGAGUUAACCAAAGUGGUAGGCAAAUUGAUUAGUUAAAAAAAGUAAGGUCCGGCCUUUCUCCACGCAAUAUAUAACAUGCGUUUUUGUCCAAGCGUGAGGGCAAGAUGGACGGAAAUUAGGGAGCUUGACCCUUUAAGGCCCAAAGGUGACCAACAUCAAUUUUCUUCCAACAAUAUCCAUACCUUGUCAAGAGAUAAGGUUAUGAGAAUUAAUCAAAAUGAUCACUAAAGAGAAAAUGCUUUGAUCUUCUAUCAAAUUCUCUCAACUACUUCUUUAAAGAAAUGCAUAGAGAUCAGUUUGGAGAAUUGGUAUGUGGAUAUUGGGACUUAAGGGGUGAAGCAAAGACGUUUUUGAGCGACGCACGUCAACCGGAAGUGGACUUUUUACAUUUUUGGGCAGUGUUUUUGCCCAAAUUUGCGGGCAAAUCGUCGUUAUAAGGGUGAAGAAACUUAGCAAUACAAAUUUGGUAGCGUCAAGGCAAAUUUAAAGGGAAAAGGCGUCAUUUCCGGUUGAGGUGCGUCGUUUAAGCUCCCUAUUGGCCAGGCCUGUUUCUGUGUUUUUAUGGACAAAGACGAGGAAGAAAAAAAAGGGAACAAUAUCCAGCCAUCUUGACCGAGCAAACCUGGUCAAUGAAGGAUUUAUUGUACGACCGAGAGAACGUUUUCUUCCGGGACCAAAGCGGAAAAAGAACCUCGUUCUUUGGUUCGUUUCCUAGUAGGUGAAGAGCCCGGGAACGUACCCUGGUCCCAGAGGUUUUUCUUGAAAUUUUUCUUCGCGAAAGAGACCGCGAGCAGAGAAGCGGCGAAGAGAGAGAGAAAAACGUUUUUCUCUCAGUCUUCGCCGCUUCGCGACUCGUUGUCGCCGCUUCGCUGCUCGCUCUCUCUUUCACGAAGAAAAAUUUCAAGAAAAACCUUUGGGACCAGGGUACUGGGAACGAGGUUGAGCGGGAAAUUUCCAGCGGACAAGACAGGCCCUUUCUCGCUUGGCAGCCAAUCAGAACUCAGAAUUCGCUUCACCUUGCUAUCUCGCGGAACCAGCCAUUUAGUAUACAAAUUAUACGUUUUACAGCUGUCCAGGAUUAAAUUUGAUCUGUAAAUCUCUCUUCACAUGUCCUUUUGUUUUAGCUCCAUCUGCUAGAUGUGGAUUCACAAGUCCGUACAACAAUUCUGAACUACUGUACAUAUGUACAGUGGGUUCCACUCAGUGAUGUGGUCGUGGCACAGAACAGAGGCAAUUUGUGUGUUUGGUAUAAUAUCGACUCACCUGAAAGAGUUACCAUGUUUCCUAUCAAGGUAGGCAGUGCAAAGUUAAUUGUAUCUCUUAGUCGAUUCGGUUCACUGUUUCAUAUUUAAGAUAAAUUUAUGUGAAAGCUUUGAAUAUGUUUUUCUAGGGAGAUAUCGUUGAUCUUGAGAGGGCGGAUGGGAAGACAGAAGUUCUUGUGAAUGAAGGGGUCACUACUAUAUCAUACACUUUGGAUGAAGGCUUGAUUGAGUUUGGUACAGCUGUUGAUGAUGGUGACUUUCCAAGGUUGGUCACUCAUAUUUUAUAGCCUCCGAACAAGCUCUCCAUUUAAGGGAGUCGCGAGAAGUCACGCGAGAGCAGCACGCGAAAGGAGACGCGAGUUCGCGUCCUCUCGCGGCUCGCCUCGCUGGCCAUAAAUGACCAGGCCUCGUACUCCCAUAGCAAAUUACACCCCUCCCUCUUUUUUUCCCAUAUGCUUAUUGUUAACAUCCCAGGGAAAAGGGUGCUGAGAUAUCAAUAGAAUGAAUCGAUUAUCCAAGAUUCAGCUAUAUCAUUGCAAGCGACCAGAGCAGCCCGCAAGCCUAAUCUCCAGGUCACAGUUACCCAUGCGCGGCACGUAUGUAGCCGUGUGGACUUACACUAAGAAUGAAUGGAAUGCAUGGAACGCUUUCUGAUAACGCAAGUUUUGAUCUUCUAUCUCGUGGCACAGAUUGGAGCAAGAGCGUUUUGACCUUCGAUGUCGCUCGCACCCUUAAACCCUUUGGUUAUUACUGGUUUAUUUUUAUGAUAUGGGAUGAACUAUGUAGGCUUGUAAGAGUCUUAUAGACGAAGAAAGCAGACUGUUCUGAGACCUUCUGUUUUUUCUUUAGAGAUCGUUGAGUCCGCUUUCGAAAAUGAAAACCUGGUGGUGAUUUAUUGACCGCUAAUGGAUGGGCUCGAUAAGGGUUUAGUUAUUCUGUUGUGGUCAACUAUUUAUUGCCAAUCACUUUUCAUUUUAGGCGGUUUAGAGAUUGGUUAACCCUUGCUGCCAGAAGACGAUUGAUAAAUCACCGUCCCUUUGCUCGCUAUCUUGGCUCACCACCUUGACUUUUUUUGAUGGUGUAUCAGAACCGUCUCGGCUUUGUUGCCCAUAGCAUAAGUUCAGCCACCCCCUCCCUUAAUUUUUUUUUGAGGGGAGGGGCCGGCUGUUGCCCACAGUUCACGCAAAAGUAAGAGCACUUGAGGGCUGUGCCAUUUUUGCUGACUUAAAUGGUACUCUGUCUUUUCAGGGCUGUUGCCUUCCUUGAAAGCUUAGAGAUGUCAUUAGAAACAGAGGCUAUGUGGAAAACAUUGAGUCGCCUCGCUCUGGAGGCGAGGCAGUUGCAUAUUGCUGAACGGUGUUUUGCUGCUCUGGGUGAUGUACCAAAAGCAAAGGCUUUACGUCAGAUUAACAAGAUCGCCGAGCAAACUGCUGAAGAAAUGGUGAGCUCUGUUCAUAAUCAGCCUUUCUGUUCUUUAGCGAAACGUUUAACCCCGUUUCUUUUCCUUUGGUGUUCAGAAUUAACCAUUUGCUUUAUUCUCUAGGGAGGAGAUGGUACAAACCACGUUCGAGUUCGAGCAAAGCUUGCAGUGCUAGAUAAGAACUUUAAGCUGGCUGAGAGUAUUCUACUCGAGCAAGGCUAUGUGGAUGAAGCUAUAGAGAUGUAUCAAGAACUGCAUAAAUGGGAUGAAGCUAUUGCUGUGGCUGAUGCUAAGGUAUAAGGGAAGGGAGAGUAGUGGAUGCUUUGGGUAUGUACAUGGGAAAGAGAGGCAUUUCGCCUGUCUAAACACUGUUAGGAAGCAUAUGACGAGAUAACAAGUUGUAGGGGUGAAGACAAUGGAUUAAAAAUUGGACGAUGCUCUGUAGGGGAUGUUCUGCAUUAAAUCGUACUGUGCUUAUAUCUGGAGGGUGGGCAUGGGGGAUAUUUUCUCUAUUCCAGAUGUGUAGAUAGAAAGGUAUGAGAGUGGAGAUGGUUGAGAAGUGGAGAAUGCUGUGCAUUACGUUAUAAGAUGCUCAUAUGUGAGGGAUGGGUAGGGAGAGAUUUACGUUUUUUCCUUUUGACCUAAAUACUCGAAUACGUCGAACAACAUUGACCCAAACUACUAAAGUAGAUACAAAACGUAAUACCUUGUACAUUAGGAUGAUCAUUUCAGUAUUUAUAUUUUUAUUAAUUUUUUUUUAUAUCAGGGCCAUCCUGAGCUGGAGAAUCUACGGGCUGCACAUUAUCAGUGGCUCUCAGAGACCGCUCAAGAGGAGAAAGCAGGCGAGGUGAGUUGGCGGUUUUACUUUGGGCACUGCCGAGUAGAUGCACUUGAAGUCUUGUCGGUUUGGUAUUGGUUUUCGACAUUUCUCUUUCAGUGCCGGAUCCAGACCUUGAGAUAAGGGGUGGGCGGUCAUCCAGACCCUGAGAUAAGGGGGAGGGGGCAGUCCUUUGGACCUCAGUUUGGUCUAAAAAUAAGAGGAGGGGGUGGGCUCCCCUGGCCCCUCCCCUAGAUCCGCCACUGUCUUUGCUUGACUUUAUUUUUUCUUGACUCUUGUGUCCAGGUGAAGGAAAGAGAAGGGAACUCUACUGAAGCUGUAAAUCUGUACCUGAAGGCUGGUCUGCCCGCUAAAGCUGCACGGCUUGCAAUGAGUAGAGAGGUAUGCCCUUAUAUCGACCAGAUUUAUUCUCACCCACCCCUAUUUUCCUCAGACUGUGGAUCGUUUUAGACAUAUGUGCUAUCGUGCCCACGCUAUAUUGGGGAUUUUGAAGCUUCGCGUGAGACGGGGUCGGAGUUUUAUCGAACUACAGUAUUGGACUGUUUUGGACACGAUAUCGCGUCUUUUAUUGGCUCUUGCUGUUGGCGUAGGAAACUGGGUCAAAAUUCGUCCCUUAAAACACACUGUCUCAAAAUGGUCAAUGAUGAAAAGUGAACAAGAAUCACUUCGUGAAUUUUACCGGGGCCACUUUUGUCUUGGCAACCCACGUCUUUUUCAUCAACAAGUUUGCCGGGCGACAUGAAAAUCUUUUUUAUUGCAAAUAUUCUUUAGAGAUGAAAACAAGGUGUAAUGAAUAACGUGAAAAGGCAAAAUGUUAGGGAAUCCCGAAUUUUGAACAGUUGAGAAUUUGCGCAUCUCGCUAACGUAAAUAUUGCGUGACAAAGGUUAUUUGAAAAUAUUUUGUUUUGUUGCUUCAUAAGUCAAAGCAGUGAUAGACUUCCUCCUAAUGAGUUUUACUUGUUUGCCGGAAAAUAUUUGACGAAGUUUCCUGUUGGGAGUGCGAAUUGUAAGGUACUGAAACGCAUAAACAAAGCUUGGCGCAUGCAAGUUUAAUAAGUUAAGAUUUUUUCUUUGUCGUAGUGUACACAGUUCUACGUCGACCAAGCUUUGUCAUCGCUAGGAUGAACACUGUAACAAUAUUUUGCAAUAGACAGGGAUCUCAUUUAUUGAUAAGUGGUAAAUACAGUCGCAUUAAACCAUUCCGUGUGCAAACUAAUCGAAUUAAUAUUUACAUGGUUACAGUUGUUGCUCCAUACUUCAAAUUUCUGAACCAACGAUAUAUCUCAGCGAACACUGUCAAAAGUAACGAACCAGCGAUAUAUCUCAGUCAGCGAUAUAUCCCUAACAAUGUAACUUUGAAAACACAGAAACGCGUUGCAUUUUAUGACCGGUGCCAGCCUUCGGCUAGGCCCCGGUAAUUACAAGUUUCUAAAACGAUAUGCUACGCAUCCUUGAGACGAGAGAUCUGAGAAUAUCUACGUUCCAUCAUUGAUACCGAUCUGUCUUCUGCAGUUUAUGCUUCAUAAAAGGUUUUCAAUUUGGAAGGAAAACGUAAAGGAAACAUAUUUGUCUAUGGAAAGAAAACGAAUCCUUUUAAGUAAUAGUAUUGAUGGGAUAAAUUCUCUUGAACGAUACUUUCAUGGUCACUGAAACAGUUAAGCUACCCUAAGGCCCCUCUGCAAGCAACAGAAUGUAGACAGGUUAUUCUUGGUUUCAACCAUGUGACGAGGCAGUAAUGUUGGUGGUUAGAAGAAUUUACUUGAAAAUGGAGUUUAGUUCCAGACAGAGAAAAAUGCUCUUAUUCUUGACCACCGCCAUGACGUCACAUACAAACCAGCAAUUCCCCACUCCGGAAACUUUCGGCGCAACGAUUGCUGGGAUGGUUUGGUCGGACAAGCGUUAGUUAUGAUUGCUUGAUGGUAUUCAAGACAACCGUUAACCAUUCAUGAGUGAUGCUUGUCCAUCAAACAGUCUCAAAAAUCGUUGCGCCGGAAGCUUGUAGUUUCUGGAGUGGGGAAUAAACAGUGCUUUCUUUACCGUGAUAGGAGCUGAUGAAUUCAUCGGAGUUACUUGAGAGGAUCGCGGCUGCGCUUCUUAAGGGAGGACUGUACGAACAGGUGUGUGCCUUAGACUCCUUAUGGUCGAAAUUUGGGUUAAGUCUUGUAUGUUGGUUAACUGUUGCUUAACCGUUACUUCUUUGGGGCAGCUCUAGUGCUGGCUUGACAAGGGAAUCGAUUGCCACUUAAGCACACGGUUGUCUCAAUUUACUAACAUUUAUGGUAUUCGUCCAUUUAAGGCUGGAGAACUGUACGAGAAAGUUGGCAAAAAUGACAGAGCUAUGGAAGCAUAUCGCAAAGGCAAUGCGUACAGGAGAGGUGAGGAAUAUUAACCUGAGUCUGUUGAUAGAAUUUGAACCUUUCCCCUGCUCUCCAAUAGCUGUUUGUCUCUUCCUCGGUGGGUAGGGGUGGGGGGUGGGACCCGAUAGAACUUAGGGCCAAGUCGCACUAGAGGACAAAACUGUUUAUGUCAAAAAUCUGUCAUCACAAUGAAAAACCAAGUGCGACCGGUUUGUUCACCAAAGGACAAAAUUUGGUCGCAGACGGACAAACUUCAAAGAUGCCGUCGACUACCUCUGGAGCAGGCCAAAUUGAGACAAAUUUUGGAAAACAAUAGCGAGUGUGUUUUAAUUCGGAAAUGAUUUGACAGGUGAUAUGUAGCAGAGUCUCUAUGCUAUAAACUUCGUUGUAAAAUUAAUCACGUUCACAUUUCGCAACAACAGGAAUCCCGGCGCGGGCGACCAAUUUUUUCCGUGCGAAUAUCCACAAUAUCCACCAGGAUGGAUCUAUCCUUUGGCAGGCCCUUGCAUGUUUAAUGAUCGAGGAAAUCCCAGCCCAUUUCCUUCGACCACGAGUACUGACUCGUUGCCAGAAUCCCUCCAGUUCAGCGAAGAUAGCUCAAUGCCGGCAUCAACCCCAUCUUCUUCGCGUCGUGCAUCUUCGUCAGCCGACAACAAGAAGGCUCAGGACAGAUGGAGUAAAGAAGAGGAGAAGCUUUUAGUUCAACUGUGGGCUGAAAUCACAAGGCGCUCACAGCAUGGUGUUGUGUUUUGUUCACAGAUUUUGUUCUUAAGUGCGACUGUAGCUCUCCGGACAAAUUUUUUGUCACUGGCCGAUUUCAAGUCGAAUUUGUCCAGAACAAAUGUAAAAUUGCCCUCUAGUGCGACUUGGCCCUUAAUCAUUAAACUAAGAAAAGAGAGUUCCACACGACACUGUUUCAGAGUUCACAAAAGCACAAUCUUCUGUGCCCCCUUACCAUCUGGCGCUAAAAGCUGUUUGAAAAAAAAAAAUACAUUUCCUGGCCUGUUGAUGUAUUACUUCAAUUGACCUCAUCUCUUCUUUCCUUUUAUGUAGCCGUGGAAUUGUCUCGUGUGGCGUUUCCUCGAGAGGUGGUCAAGCUCGAGGAAGCCUGGGGCGAUUACUUGGUCUCGCAGAAACAGCUGGAUGCUGCCAUCAAUCACUACAUCGAGGCUGGGUGAGUAGCAUACAGUCGAGGUUAUCUUCGUCGUUACUUGCUUCCAUACAGAAGAGGUUGAAGAACGAAGCUGAACUCGUUUAUACUUUCACUUUCAGUUGUUCAAUCAAAGCUAUCGAGGCAGCUAUCCAAGCUCGGCAGUGGAACAAAGCAGUUCAGAUUGUAGAGCUUCAGGAUGAUAAUGUAGCAGAAAGGUCAGUCGCUUUAACGCAUUUUAGGGAAAUCUGUGAUCUGAGCUCCUUCUCAGCCACAAGGAAACAAAGGGUCAGUUUAGGGUUGUGUGAAACUGCCCAUAUACCCCUCUCGUAACCCAACAUUUUGCUCUCAGUGAGAAGUAAGUGUUAAUGUUAGCUUAGAGGAAGGGUAGGUGGGCAGUUUCCUAGAAACCUCAAUUAUUCGUUUUCACUGUCACGUAAUAAACACGACACAAAAAAAUACAUUUGAAACCGUCCAGUGGAAGAAGCCAAGAAAAUGAAAUGUUAUAAAAGGCUAAUAUAUAAACAAUUUGGCCAAAUCUCAGGUCUUUGUGGCCCACAGUGUCUGAGUUAGUUGCCGAAACAUUUCACGCACCUUUGUAGAGCUUUGUAUGGAGACGCCAUAUUGGUGGACAGAAACUGUCCACCAAUAUGGCCGCCGGAAAUCAACAAAAACAUCUGGAGUUCACUUUUUCUAUAAAAGCGCCUCCUUUUCACUCGAGAACUAGCAUACUUACGCAUAAACAUAUCUUCUAAUACUUGAAAUGGUUAAACUGCUUAAAAUCAAGCGGAGAGACUUUUUUCAAGGAGAUAGCAUUCCUAUUUUGGUGUCACGCACUGUAAAAACUCGGAAGUUCAAACUGCUGUAUUUUCGAAAUGAAACAUGCUUCGGGGCUGGAAACGUGCACAAAGAUUUAUUUCCUAUUAAUCUUCAACCUAGUGUAAAUAAGAAUUCGUAAAACCUCGCUUUUUUGACUUUGCAAUCUGAUGACGUCACCGUGAAAACCAUCAAUUGAUCCGAAACAAAAAGGCGCUAUCGCGGGCUCUGAUUUUUACGCACUGAACAGUUCAAUAUUCAAACCUCAAAAGAUAAGUUACAACCACUUCUAAGGUGAUCAACCAUAGCCUUCUGCGUUUUUUAACGCAUGUAGCCUGCGUAGAUAUCCUUACCGUUAGACCCUCUUUGAAUUUUCUCUCGUUGCGAUAUAGUGAAGCGAGAUUAAAGUUUUGGUGCGAUGAUAGGUGACAGGAACUGUAUCCCCUUUCGCGCCUUCUUGGUUUUCUUCUACCACAGAGGUGUCUUUGCAAAACAAUAUAAUACUAUAACAGACAAUACUUGCCCUUCUUAAAAGGGCUGAGCUGCAUGCUACGCAUUUUGAGCAAUUGUUACUUCUCUUGACGAACUCUCAAGGAUGUAAACAACAUUUUUGUGUCUGAUUUCUUACUUUUCUCAGAUAUUAUCACCAUAUUGCUCAGCACUACUCCCAAGUUCAAGAGUAUAAGGUAUUUGUUACCACGAUUUCAGCUGAUAUUUUUCUUUCUUCCAUGACUCACUUUUUUCUGCCGGUUUUGGUCCUUAGCUUGCUGAGAAGUAUUUUGUCAAGGGAGGGGACCCACGGGCUGCCAUUGAGAUGUACACCAAAGCCAACAUGUACGAAGCCGCUCACAAGGUACCUAUCGUGAACUUAUUCUCAUUCUAUCUUUUUUAAAGAAAUCAAAGGUAGAAAAUAAGCUUAUUUUGUCCGUUUUCACCCAUCUCUUUCUGAAGCUUGCUGUACAGUGCAUGACACAAGAGGAGGUUGCCGUCAUCUACAUAUCGCAGGCUCAGGAGUUAGAGGCACAAGGCAAAUACAAAGAGGCAGAGAGGUGGUUUACAUUACUGAGUAUUCCUGAUUGCCGUCCCUCCCUCCCCAUCCUCCCUCGAUUGCCCCACCCAACCACCAUCCCUCCCUCCCUCCGUCUGACAAGAUUCUUUACCUGUGAUUCUGAAAAAUAACCUCUAAAUUGUAACCUACUGAAACAGGAGAAAUUUCCGUGACCUUCAAUGAGACGAGACCGGAAUGUUUAUCAUAACGUUAAAUUGUCACAGUCUGAAUCCUUUUGAUCAUAAAUGGCUUGUCAACCUACUCACCCCACAGGCAAAGUUCAUGAACCUUACCUCUGAAGGUUCAUGAACGGUCUAUCAUCAAAUGAAACUUCUGUUUUCUCAGACACAGGGUCAGUACCUUAAACGGUCGCCCUGGGAAGUGCUCUUCAGAAUUCAGGUUUUACUAACAAACCGUGCCAUUUUAAGGUCGAGCUUGAGACUGGGUCGGUGUUGUAUUGAACUGCACUAUGGGACUGUUUUGAGGACGCUAUCGCUUCUUUUAUUGGCUGUGACGAGGUUGCGUAGGGAACUGGGUCAAUUUUAAUCUUUUAAAAACUGUCCCAUAGUGUAAUUCAACACAACACUGUCCCAGUCUCAAGCGCAACCCCAAAAUGUGCAUUUUAAGGUCGAGCUUAAGACUGGGUCGGUGUUGUAUCGAACUGAACUAUGGGAUUGUUUUGGGUACGCUAUCGCUUCUUUUAUUGGCUGUGACGAUUUUCGCGAAGGAAACUGGGUCAAUAGUUAUCUUUUAAAGACUGUCCCUUAGUGUAAUUUAACUCAACAUUGUCCCAGUGUCAAGCGCAACCUCAAAAUGGCAAAUUUUUAUAACUCUUGUUGUUGUUUUUUUGCUGUUGUUGUUGUUUUAGACUCUACUGCACCGUUGAAGAGCCAGACUUAGCCAUCAACAUGUACAAAAAACUGCGCCAGGUUAAUUUUCUUUUUGGGUUUUAAUUUAAUUUGGGUACUCGUACAAGUUUACACUUAGGUGUAAUAAAGAGUAUCGUUAAAAAUGCUACUGACAUAUCGUUCUGGUUGAUCAGUAUCUCAAAAUCGCCAACAGCACGCUUUGAGAAAAAUCCGUGGGUAUGUAUUGAAAAUUAGAGGGGACUUGUAAUCAAGAAAGGAAGUUCUUUUCUGUCGCAAAGCGAAAGCGAAAGUAAAUACUUGAGCCAAUCAGAAGAGACAAGACUUGAAAAUCUAUUAAAAUAAUGAAAACACUGAGCAGACGUCAAGCUCCUGUAAGUUAAAGAGUGGUUUUAUUUCUGUUUGGUUGAUUAGAUGGCGCGAAAUAUUUUGGUAGCCACUGGAAAUUAUAGUGUUGAAAAAUCGAGUGACCGUGAAGUUACGUUCUUUAAGUUUUGUGCUAACUUCCUUUCUAAACUUUUUCUCUUGUCUUUGCAGUUUGACAACAUGAUCAGAUUAGUGGCCAUUCACCAUGAGGAUUUACUAGCGGACACACACAUACACCUGGCAAAGGUACAGUGCUGGGGGUUGGUCUGUUUCCGACCCUCAGGGAGAAGACUGGCAGGGAGACAGAGCUCGCUUUUUUUCGCUUUUCGAAGAGAAUUAUAUUUGUGUGCGCAGGGUUAAUAAUAUCACACUUGAUUUAAUAUGAAUUAUGCAACGUGCUGAAAAGGGACAAGCGUAUAUUGUCUUGUGAGGCAAAUUUCUUGCGCUGUAUUUAACUGGUUAAGCGAAGAGGGUGUGAAAGUCAGAUGGCGUUACCGCGUAGGUGUUUGUAGUUAGCUGUCCCGAAAAUACAUCCCAAAGUGAGUCCAAAAUGAGACCCCAGCAACCAACAUUGAUGCGCAUACGUUGUUUAUUGUACAGGAGCUGGAAUCUGAAGGCCAGUUACGUCAGGCCGAGCACCAUUACCUGGAAGCAAGAGACUGGAAAGCAGCAGUUAACAUGUACAGGAAUCAGGAUAUGUGGGAAGAGGCUUACAGGGUCAGUUUGUGUUUGAGUGUGAACGAAUAAGUGAAAUCACCGGCAAACCCAAAGAUGGGAAUUCAGGAAAAUUACUGAACAAACAUUAAAGUCUUCUUGGUAUUGCAAGUUAAUAAUUAAAGAUACCAGGCAAUCAAUCAAACUACCAAUCACGUUUAAUUUAGCAGGUCUAUAAUGUAUAUUUUGGCAUCGUUGCUCGGGGAUAUCGUCAACAUUAGACUCAGUCUCCGGAGACUAUUUACUAGCCAGCCCUGGGCUUAUACCCCAUAGACUCCCCAGGAGGUAUAAGGGUGUGGCCGCUUUCAUCGGCGCCAGGUUUUAUGAGUGAAGAGACGAGUACUUCGUGUGGUUCUUUUGAGGGUACUUUAUAUCUAGUGUUCCCUUCUGAACUUCAAACUCGUAACCUUUGUCCAAAUAUAAACUCAAAACAGUUCAAAUCGCAGGUGACACCUUUUUUUCGAUGCAUAGAUUCACCUGCGAUUCCUUUUGCUUCGUCCUCUGACUUUGUAAUAAUGUUCAUCUUGCCUGUUGUUUCUGCUAGGUUACUUUACUGUUCGGUCUUUUUCUUUUCAGGUUGCCAAGCAACAUGGAAGCCAAAAUGCGUCCAAACAAGUAGCGUAUCUGUGGGCGAAGAGUUUAGGUAAGUCUAUUUUGUCAAUCGGAUUAUAAUGAUUUUUCGUACUGUUAUACGCAGCUGGUCAGUUUACUAAGCAGUAGAUUUGUAUAAGGCGUCGUAAUUCGUCUGUGUCAUGAAGUGUAUUGGAAGUCGUUAGAUUGACCGUUUCCCAGUGACUGCAUACGAUUACGGAGGAGGUUUGUCAGAAAUGUUUUUUGCUGGGAGUACUGUGUGUGAUCCUCAAUUUUGAUGUUACACUCCUAUUGCGCCUCGACAUGGGAUUUCUAGAGUAAAUCCCAUUUACUCUUUCUCUAAGCUUCUCUAGACGACUGUAAGUCAAGUGCACCCUAAGAGUGUAAAUGGAAUUGAGCUUAAGACCGAUGUGUUUUAGCAAUUACAGUUGGUCUUGUUUAUUGUGACUUUUAUAGGUGGAGAUUCAGCUGUAAAGUUGCUGACCAAGUUUGGUUUGCUGGAGUCCGCUAUAGAUUAUGCUGCAGAAAACUGGUAAAAAGAUCUUGUUACUUUUAUCAUUUAUGUCCCGUCCUUGCUAGCGACACAGACUUUAAAAAAGUACAAGCAUAAGAUUUUUUGUGCGCUAAUGAGUGCAGCCGCGAUUUUAGUAUAGUUCAACUAUAGAUAUAAAAAUAUCAAAACCCUGUGCUCUUCUUUUGCUUUUGCCUAUUGCCCGUUUGGAUCGAGGUUGCACGUGCGACUGUUCGGAAUCGUGUCCAGUGGAAUUUUGGGACUGUUUUUGACCCAGUUUCCUGCGCACCUUUGUAAUAGUCCCACAGUGCAAUUCGACAUAACCUCGACCCACUCUCCCUUGCGACCUCAAAAUAGCCAAUGGCGAUGUUUCCCCCGGACCAACAAGCACACCCAAGAUCUUCUCUAAACCUCUCCAUUUCCUCCUUGGGGGAUUUAUUCUUGGUUACAGCGUUUGCAGCGUAAAACUUUUACGCCUGUGCGCCUGCAUAUCUCACUCCUGUUACCUGUUCUUGGGGAAUUGCUUGGGGUGUGUUUCAGGUUAUGCUUAUGCUUAUUCUUGUGUCACUAGUGGAGACCAGGCUUUAAAACUUUAAUGACUAACAUCAUUUUUUUCCUUUAAAUAUCAAUCCACUCUCAAGAGAAAAGAUGGUUAGAAUUUAUAAAGUGAUCACCUUAGGGAAAACGCUUUGAUGUUUUAACAAAUUCUCUUAUGUAAUUCGUUAUGAAAAUGUAUGAAGAUCAGUCUGGAGAAUUUGUCAUGCGAAUUUGAUUUUUCAUAAGAAUUUAACAUUUAGUAUCCUUACUUAGUGGGAAGUCACUAUUAAUGUUUGACACUUAAAUAAGUUAUCUACCCAUCUUUGUAUGUGGCUGUUGGGCCUUUUAAAGGCUGGUUUGCACUAGAUCGGAGUCGGAGUCGGAGUCGUAAUCAGAAGCGUAGAGCUUAUGAUCUAGUGAAAACAGCGUUCCGACUCCGCUUACGACUCCGUCGCUUACGUUCCGCUUAUGAUCUUGUGAAAACCAGAUUGUCGGAGUCGGAAGCAGAAGCAGAAGAACUAAAUCAAUCACAAAGCGUGGGAACGUGCAUUGUGAUUGGUUUAUCCUUCCGCUUCUGCUUCCGACUCCGACAAUCUGGUUUUCACUAGAUCAUAAGCGGAACGUAAGCGACGGAGUCGUAAGCGGAGUCGGAAGAAAUGGAAACGUUCUGAUUCUUCUGACGCCGAUUCCGUUGCGCUUAUGACUCCGCUUACGACUCCGAUUUUUGAUUUUCAUUUGGUCAUAAGAGCUGUUACGACUCCGCUUAGGACUCCGACUCCGUCGCUAGUGAAAACCAGCCUUAAAGGUUAGGAAUGUUGAACAGCUUUACAAAAUGUUGCCACAAAUCUUUUUACCUUUAGUUUUGCGUUUUAAAAAAUGGUACCCUUAAGUUUGUUUCUUUCUCUCUUUUUGUCUUAACUAGUGCUUUUGAGUUCGCGUUUGAUUUAGCCCGCACGGCUAUGAAAUCCAAACUACCGGACAUUCACCUGAAGUACGCCAUGUUCUUAGAGGACGAAGGAAAGUUCACAGAAGCCGAACAUGAAUUUAUUAAAGCUGGAAAAUCCAAGGAGGCCGUCCUUAUGUGAGUUAUAUGGCGGGUUUUAUGUAACAUUCACAACCAACUUAAUACUCCUCUGCGCAAUUUCCUUAUUCUAUAGCUUUCGACCGUUGCAAUAGACACUGUUAUAUCGCGCCCUGGGCCCAGUUGUUCGAAAAUCGAUUACCGCUUAACCCGGGGUUAAAUUUAACCCCGGUUUCUUUUUCUUGUGUCAAAAAGCAUUUUCUCGGAUAAUUUUCUAGUAUGUUAUUUUUAGAGCUUCCAAUCAUCAACUUGUAGACAAAAAGAAUUAAAACUGAAAUGCUUUUUAAGCUUUCAAAUCUGCAUUCAAAUCUCGCACUAUCUUAACCCAGCUUUGAACAACUCGGCCCCUGUUGUCUGUUUGACUGUUUCCUCAGAUAAUAACAUACCAAUGUGGUGUUCCCUGCCCUGUUUUAUUGUCACGGUAGAUUCCACUUUACCCGCCUUUGUUUUGAGUUUGACAUGCUAGAAGUUUUAAAGCAUGGUCUGUCCUCAUUGCAAUGGACUUUUUUCUACCGCGCUUCUUUCUGCGUUUAAUUGUUACAUAGCAUACUACCAUACCUCUAUAACCCGUUCUACCAGAGGGUGUCUGCUGCGUGAGACGUUUCAAUAGCGCAUUCUGUUGUGUUUCCCGUUUAAUUCUGAACUUAAAUCUAAGUUUACCAAUCAUAGCGUCCAUUUUUCUGUAUUUGUUUGCUUCGUUAAAUAGUGUUAGUGUCUAAAUUCGCUAUAUUGCGUAUUUUACUGCAACGGCGACUAACAUGGGUUUUUCACUGUUCCCCACCCCCACCCCCCAUAUUUCAGGUACGUUCACAAUCAAGAUUGGGACAGUGCUCAGAGAGUGGCAGAGGAAAAUGAUCCUGAUAGCGUUACGGACGUCUUAGUAGGACAGGUGCUGUUUAUCCGGUGCUUUGAUAGGUUAAAACGCGGAUCAGUUGAGGUUUUUAGGUAUCUGACCACCUACCCCUUCCGUAAGUCAAUAUUAACAAUUAGUCCUCACUUAUGGCAAAAUUGUGACUUAGGGGAGGGGUAGGUGGUUGGUUACCCAGAAACCUCCAUUUAUCUUAAAUCCCUUUAAAGUACGGUUCUUUUUACUUGGACAUUCAUUUAUAGCACCCGUUUAGUGAAGAUGGCUGUAGAGUUAAUCCUUACCUUUCAUGACCUUACUUACUGACCGCCUUUGGUUUGGUUGUGUACUGAAGAGAAUACGCCAACUCCUUCAAUGCUUCCUAGCCUCGCUUUCUGAUAUAUCCUACUCUUAUUUCCUCCUUUGAUUAAGCGGCGCCUCUUUUAUUCCGAGUUCCUAUCCCAAAUUCUCUACCUCUCUUCCCUACCCCUGUUCCCAACUGUUGUUCCCUAUCUCUCUUCCCUACCCCUGUUCCCAAUUUAUUUUACCAACCCCUGUUGUCAACCUUUGUCCCCUAACCUCUGUUCCUAACUAUUGUUCCCUACCUCUCUUCUGUACCCCUGUUCCCAAUUUAUUUUACCAACCCCUAUUGUCAACCGUUGUUCCCUAACCCCUGAUUCCAACUGUUGUCCCCUAUCUCUCUUCCCUACCCCUGUUCCCAAUCUAUUUUACCAACGCCUGUUGUCAACCUUUGUUCCCUAACCCCUGUUCCCAACUGUUGUCCCCUACCUCUCUUCCCUACCCCUGUUCCCAAUCUAUUUUACCAACGCCUGUUGUCAACCUUUGUUCCCUAACCCCUGUUCCCAACUGUUGUUCCCUACCUCUCUUCCCUACCCCUGUUCCCAAUCUAUUUUACCAACGCCUGUUGUCAACCUUUGUCCCCUAACCCCUGUUCCCAACUGUUGUUCCCUACCUCUCUUCCCUACCCCUGUUCCCAAUGCAUUUUACCAACCCCUGUUGCCACGUUUUUGUUUCUUGACCCUUUUUCCCAACUUCAGUUCCCAGCCCUUGUUUCCAAUCUUUUUCUCUCCCCCUGUUCCCAAUCCUUGUUUCUAAACUCUGCUCCAUACCCCUGUUCCCUACUCCUGUUUCUAAUUCUUUUUUCAAUCCUUGUAAUCCUCCUUCAAUUCUUGUUCUCAGCCCCUGUUUCUAAUCCUUGUUCCUUGUUCCUUGUUCCCUUACUCUUUUUCCCUAUGAAUGUUGCCAACCCCUGUUGCCAACCUCCGUUUCCAACUCCUGUUGUUCCCUGACCCCUGUUCCCAACUGUUGCCCCCUAUCUCUCUUCCCUACCCCUGUUCCCAAUUUAUUUUACCAACCCCUGUUGUCAACCUUUGUUCCCUAACCUCUGUUCCUAACUAUUGUUCCCUACCUCUCUUCUGUACCCCUGUUCCCAAUUUAUUUUACCAACCCCUGUUGUCAACCUUUGUUCCCUAAAUCCUGUUCCCAACUGUUGUUCCCUAUCUCUCUUCCCUACCCCUGUUACCAAUCUAUUUUACCAACCCCUGUUGUCAACCUUUGUCCCCUAACCCCUGUUCCCAACUGUUGUUCCCUAUCUCUCUUCCCUACCCCUGUUCCCAAUCUAUUUUACCAACCCCUGUUGUCAACCUUUGUUCCCUAACCCCUGUUCCCAACUGUUGUUCCCUACCUCUCUUCCCUACCCCUGUUCCCAAUCUAUUUUACCAACCCCUGUUGUCAACCUUUGUUCUCUAACCCCUGUUCCCAACUGUUGUUCCCUACCUCUCUUCCCUACCCCUGUUCCCAAUCUAUUUUACCAACCCCUGUUGUCAACCUUUGUUCCCUAACCCCUGUUCCCAACUGUUGUUCCCUACCUCUCUUCCCUACCCCUGUUCCCAAUCUAUUUUACCAACCCCUGUUGUCAACCUUUGUUCUCUAACCCCUGUUCCCAACUGUUGUUCCCUACCUCUCUUCCCUACCCCUGUUCCCAAUCUAUUUUACCAACCCCUGUUGUCAACCUUUGUUCCCUAAAACUUGUUCCCAACUGUUGUUCCCUAUCUCUCUUCCCUACCCCUGUUCCCAAUCUAUUUUACCAACCCCUGUUGUCAACCUUUGUUCUCUAACCCCUGUUCCCAACUGUUGUUCCCUACCUCUCUUCCCUACCCCUGUUCCCAAUCUAUUUUACCAACCCCUGUUGUCAACCUUUGUUCUCUAACCCCUGUUCCCAACUGUUGUCCCCUAUCUCUCUUCCCUACCCCUGUUCCCAAUCUAUUUUACCAACCCCUGUUGUCAACCUUUGUUCCCUAACCCCUGUUCCCAACUGUUGUCCCCUACCUCUCUUCCCUACCCCUGUUCCCAAUGCAUUUUACCAACCCCUGUUGUCAACCUUUGUCCCCUAACCCCUGUUCCCAACUGUUGUUCCCUACCUCUCUUCCCUACCCCUGUUCCCAAUGCAUUUUACCAACGCCUGUUGUCAACCUUUGUCCCCUAACCCCUGUUCCCAACUGUUGUUCCCUACCUCUCUUCCCUACCCCUGUUCCCAAUGCAUUUUACCAACCCCUGUUGCCACGUUUUUGUUUCUUGACCCUUUUUCCCAACUUCAGUUCCCAGCCCUUGUUCCCAAUCUUUUUCUCUCCCCCUGUUCCCAAUCCUUGUUUCUAAACUCUGCUCCAUACCCCUGUUCCCUACUCCUGUUUCUAAUUCGUUUUUCAAUCCUUGUAAUCCUCCUUCAAUUCUUGUUCCCAGCCCCUGUUUUUAAUCCUUGUUCCUUGUUCCUUGUUCCCUUACUCUUUUUCCCUAUGAAUGUUGCCAACCCCUGUUGCCAACCUUUUUCCACUUCCCAUGUUUCCAGCCUCUGUUCAUUAUUCCCGUUCCCAACGCCUGUUUUUAAUUCUUGUUUCCAACUUCUGCUCUCUAUCUCUGUUUCCAAUCCUUUUCAAUCUAUUCCCAAGCCCUGUUCCUAACCUCCAAUCCCAAUCUCUACCUCCUAAUGGAAAAUUUGAGUGUUCGUCUUUCUGUGUAUUGCAGGCUCGUGUUGCAUUCGACAAAAAGGAAUUCCAAAAAGCAGAAACAUUUCUAUUGCGCGCUCAGAGACCAGAACUUUCUGCUCGCUAUUACAAGGUACCUUAGCUUCACUUGAACACUGAGCCAUGUUAUCAAAGCUGUAGACUUUUUUAUUCAUUUAUUCGUUACAUUUUGUUUUUAAGUGAUCGUUUAAUGUAUCUUUUGUAGUUGCUUUUUAGGAGGUCCUUUUCUUUUUCCUCAAAGGCACAAGUUUUUGCCUUGUAACGCAACCAAUGCAAUCCCGCGGAACUUAAAGCAAGUAACAGGGGAAUGUUGGAACCUUGCGAAUCAGCAGUAAAGCAUCUCAUUCUCGAGUUCAGACCUAGUGCAUAAGACGCGUUAACUUGGGAAUGGGGCCAGAGUUUUCUGUAGUAUAACCCUCUACAACGUCGUCAGCAUUAAAACUGCAUCGGGCAAAAUUAAAGCUAUGAUCAAUUUACCUUUGGACAUGGGCUGAAUAAAACGUGUUAUUUUGUUCUAUAUAUAGGAAGCUGGUAUGUGGACAGAUGCUCUGCGCGUUGUGAAGGAGUAUUUACCUCAUAAGGUAUGUGCCUGCACAUCGGACUUUAUCUACAUCAGCCCUUAUUAACACGUGUUGAAAACAUGUGAUGGGCUGUUUACUAUGAUUUCAAAAACCGUAGUAAGGUUAUUUAGGUAGGAUGGCACUUGACAGUUUCAAAAACUGAUAAACCUAUGGCCCUCUAAGUUUCCCUAACUAAUUGGAGACACUUCCCAGAGGAAGAAGGUGUCUGAAUUAUCGCGUCUGUGGAUGGCAUUUUAAGGUGUAGUCAUUGAAAUAAAUCUGAUCGACAUUUAUUGUCCAGUUGUACUAUUUAUGGUACAUUUCCCAGUUGCGAGUCUCGGAUAUUACCAUUCUAACGAAAUCCAUUAUUUUUACCAACUCUGGAUUCUUAUAACUUGUUCAAAUGUUCUUUACUUUCCCAACAGCUGGAGCAGUGGCAGGACGAGUAUGAUAGAGAGGUCAUGUCCAAAGGAAACAGGUAUAACCGGUUUGACGAACAAUUUUAAACAGUUUGAAAAGGGAUGCUACAGCCAAUUCUGUAGAUGUUUUCGGGCUAUGGAACCUAGGCCCCUGUUUUAGGGCCAAUCCAAAGAUAUUGUCAAGAUACUAGGCGGAUACACCAUUAAUAUUCGGUACUAGUAAAAUCCAGCUAGUGGUCUAUCAUCAAUGCUGCGUUCUGAUUGGUUGAGCUACUACUAAGCUAUAUGUUAUGGCCUACUAGUAGCGAAAAGCGCGCUUUUUGGUGGCAAAAGGGGAUUAAAGUCUAGCUUUCACUAGCUAAAUUUUUUUUAUUCUCGAUAUUUUUUACCAACUAGUUGGAUUUUACUAAAACAAUUAUUCCUCUCCCCCUCAUGGCCUCUGAGUCAAUAGCCCAUUCGGCCUUCGGCCUCAUGGGCUAUUAACUCAGAGCCCAUUCGGGCUCGAGUAAUAAUUGUUAAAUAUUAGGGUAGUACAGUAGCUAUUCCGAAGCUCUAUUUUUCAUUGGCCUAAAUUUUGUUUUUAGAGCUAGGGGUAUUGUCUUUGUUGAUUCAUCUAAUGUUUUUUUCUUCAAUCAAAGACCAUGUCUGGAGAGCUACUGACCUUCUCUAAUAUUAGUAUAUUGGCCUGCGUGCAAGCUCUCGGGGUGUGGUGGUCACUCGCUCGCUAGCUAUUGGUGUAUUUGAAGACUUGUUCCCCUGGUUGACCUGCUGUUUUAUUACUGUUUUAUUUUAGAGGGGCGGAGUCUUUGUUGAACCAAGGAAUUGAGUGGGAAAAGAAAGGCGAGUACAACCGUGCGAUUGAGAUGUAUAUGAAGAUUACACCGAGUAUGACAACUGAUCAUGAACUGGUCGAGGAUGCUAUGGUCAAGGUUAGUGUAAUUAGUCAAGUGAUCUACUGCUAAUGGCUUGAGGGUACAGGAAUAUCACAUCUUUGGAAGCCUGAUAAGAGAAGCUUGAGCAAAAUGUCUCUCGUGCGUUCAUAUAGAUACCCGAUUAUUUCAGAGCACUAAAAUUGUUUUCUUACACACUUCUUGAGGAGCGGUUGAUGGAAUUGGGUGUAUGGCUUGCAAAGCGUUAUCGUGGCUUGUUAAAGAAAAGUACUUAACAUCUCCUGUCUAAUAAACUUACUCAUCAACUGUUACUACUUCCAGGCUGUUGAACUAGCGAUGAAGUUCGUCAGUGACAGAGCUUAUGAUGUGGCGAGGAUUGCCUGUCCCCGACUAGCUGAGAUCAAGUGUUAUGAACAGGUCUGUCAAUAAACAUUGCACCAGUUAACAAUAAGUUACUUGUUCUCUGUUUUCUUUUGUUUGUUUAUACUAAGAGAGAUUAUGUUGUAUCAACGGUGUUUUAAAUGUAAGUGUUGUCCUCCGUAUUUUUGUUAAACCAUGUUCUUUUCUGUUUGUUUUCUGUUAGGCUGGCGAGCUGUAUCUUGGAGUUGAGAUGGUGAAGGAAGCUAUUGAUGUCUAUAUCCAGGGUGAACUGUGGCCAAAAGCCAAGAGAUGUGCUGCAGAAAUGGCCCCCAAGUACGUAAAUUGUGUUUUACUGUAACUUACUUGCUGGCUAUUCUCUUAAUUCUGAAAAAUGUACUCGAGGAGAACUCGAUAUCGCUGUGGAUACAUUACUAUUAACUUGUAGAAAAUGGGAGGUCGUUUCUAUUACCCAAGUCUUGCAUACUGCCGGCAGAGUGUAUGAACAUCAAUGAUCCUGUUGAGUUAUACGUUUUUCUUAUAUUCACUAUUUCAGGUACGAACAGUACGUCGAGGAUGCUUACGUUGCUUUUCUAAAACAGAAAGGACAAGCUGAACAGGUAUAAAACAGAAUGAAAAAACAGUUUUAGAUCACAGGCUUAAAGCAGCCAAAAUUGGUCAUACACUUGGGUCCUGUAGGCAUGUUAUGUUUAGGAAAUUGGUGACGCUGAUAAAAUGAUGAUGACGGUGGUGACGACGACGACGACGAUGAGGAUAAUGAUGAUGAUGAUAUCGAUAAUAAUAAUGGUAAUAAUGGUGAUGGUGAUAGUUUGUCAAUCAAUCAAUGGUUUAUUUUCUUACGUAUCGUCUAAUUAGCCCAUAAGCUCGUUCAAAAUACGUGCGUAAAUGUAGAUGAUGAUGAUGAUCAAAGUGGUGAUAAUGAUAUGUUGAUGUUGAUGAUAAUGUGUGAUGAUGAUGACGAUGACGAAUAUAAGUUACCAAUGCAUUCUGUUGUUCUCGUUUUUCCAGUUGGUUGAUGUGGAUGUAAUCGCCGGUUUGGAUAUGAUGGUACAAAGAGGACAGUGGGAUAAAGCUAUCGAAACCGCUGAACAACAGGUACACAGAACUGCAUUUUCUAUCCUAGCGUCAUUUAAUAACAGGGGUGAUGUAUUACCUUGCGAGAAUCAGAAUCUCAAUAAUAAAGGUACAGGUCUUAAUUCCCAUAUAUAUUUCUUUGCAAAUGGCUUUAUGCCAGUGUAAGGGAGCUUACCGAAAAUCAGAACUGGGUGCCCGAACCAGUUACUUGAACGUGAAUUGAAAGUUGUAUUUCGAAAUCGUCGCUUAAAACGUAUCCCUGCCGUACACUUUAUUUAGGUAAAGACUGAUCUGGCUGGAUAGUCCUGAUUAACAGUGGAAUUCUGUUAUCGACUGGACUGGUUUUGCGCACUGAAUUCUCUUAUAUUUUGUAAUCUAUUCACCUUUUUUUCUCACAGGGUUAUGAAGUUCUUAGCAAGUACGUCGCAUUGUAUGCUGCUAAUUUGAUUAAAGAAAACAACACCCUGAAAGCCUUGGACUUGUUUUGUAGAUACGGUGCUCCAGCUAAUCCACAGGUGACUGACAACUUGUUACUUAAUAACUUGUAGUACAUUGUCGACACUCAAAUAGACAGGCGAGGUCCAAUGUAAAGGAACUUUCACGUAUACGCCAUAUGUGGUUGAGUUUGUUGUUGAUUCUCUCCUUGCUCCGAGAGGUUUUUCUCCGGGUACUCCGGUUUUCCCCUCUCUUCAAAAACAUUUCCAAAUUCCAAUUCGAUCAGGAAUAAGGUAGACGAAGAACCACUAUGCGGAUGUGCUUCCUCCAAAUCAUUAUUUACUUAUUUAUUAUUUAUUUAUUUAUUUAUUUAUAUAUGAGAGACCCAGAGCGACGUUGCUAACAAAUCCCGCGCUCGGCCUUUUUUAAAAGAAGGCCUCAGAGCUCAGGUAUUAUCCUAUAUGUAAGGCACUAUUCAACCUAAGAGAGAACGUUCUGGGGUAUUCCAGAAUUGCAAUGAGUCAACUAAGUCUAAUGUUCGCUUAUUUCACUUCAAAGAAAACAAAUUCCACAAGCAAGAUAGAAAUAGGAUUAUGGUACCCCUCAUUGAACGCCACAUUGCUCUCCGUACAUUUCAUAUGGUAUCUAUGAGAUUCAGAUUCAGACAGAAACCACAAAAUUGAUUCGCGAUUUUGAAUUUGUCAAGUCAAGCUACUUGUCAACAGUACAUGGCUAAUCUAUCCUUGCUUUGUUUAUGUCAACAGAACUUUAAUAUUUACAAGCGCAUCAUAACAGACGUGAUAUCCAUGCCAGGACUGUGGUCUGCUGAUAGUUACCGCACUUGGGCGGAUCUCAGAGACGUCCUGUUUGAGAUAGUAAGUUUUGUUUUUAUUAUCUGAGAAUCUGACCCAGUAUAACUAUGUUUAGAAUCCGGAAAUACAGCGCUAUGCCAUGGUAAGAGUCGGUUUAUUUACCCUCAGAGGACGGACCCUUCCCUAAAACCCAAACCUCGAGUCCUCUUGUUCUUUUCAGGAGUCUCUCUGGAAGUUGGACUUCCCUCUUAGACGGACACUUAGUUCUAGUCCAAGAGGUGUCCUAGUUCUGACCCCCACCCCCCCUUCUAUUUGUCACGCAACGCUGUUGUUGUGUGACAGAGAGAGAACCCAGAACUGGACUAAAGGUGUCCACGUUUAAUAAAGAAAUGUCAUAAUUGAAAACUUCAUUUUGAUCUUUGAUUUAAGGUUGACGGUUUAAGUAAAGGAUCAGCGGCUAGUUCACCACAGGCUAAGGAAUUUGAAGUCAUGCUGGAAGUCGUGCAUUACUAUAGUACCAGAUGCGCCUGCAUGCAACACAAAUCACUGGUAAGCAGUAUUGAUAAGUUAAUCAGUGGAGCUUUCCCGCAUUCCGGUGAACAGAGGCACCAGAGGCUUCCUCUUACUAUUUUGUUUCCUUUUUAUUGUUUCCUCAUUCUCUUUUAACAGGACACACUAGCAGCCAAAUUAUCAAUUUCUCUUCUUCGACAUUCUGAUAUUGUUCCUUGUGACAAAGCUUUUUACGAGGCUGGGGUGGCAGCCAAGGUGAGUGGUGUAUUUAUUCUUAUCUCAUCAUUCAGUUGCCUCCCUUUGCUCCCUUCAGCUCUCCUUUAACAUUAUCUUCACAAAAGGACCUCUCCACCCUUUCCUGCAAAGAUAUGUAAACGUCCUGACUUGGCUGUUUUGAGUGUGUUGUUGGAAGCUUAUCACCGUAGCCUGUAGUGUCGCCUUUUUUGGCGGAAGACCUUAGAUAACAAUGAACUCAACCAGGUUAUGGCGUCCAGUGGUUUUAAUGAAAACAAGAGUUUGGGUGGGUGGGAUGCUCAGUCUCUCGGGCUCAUAAAACCUGGUCGUCUUUGAAUUUAUCGCAGAGGAAGAUUGGAGAGAGUAGGUAGGUGAUUUACUCGAGCAAGCCAUACUCAGAACCAUGCAAAAGACACUAAACAUUUUCAUUAUAUUUCCUAACAGGGCGUUGGCUGGGAAAAUAUGGCUUUCGUUUUCCUCAAUCGUUACCUGGAUCUCAGUGAGGUUGGUUAUUUAAACCAAUUAGUUUACUUCCCGAUGAACGUUCUUUGCCAUACAGUUUCCUUUUUAUACGUGCAGUCUGUUUAACGUUUCGUCGAAAACGGAUCCGCCUACUGUCAUGAUGGGAUCAGAACAGCCCCGAAAUAAUCCCAAGGUUUAUUUAGUAGGAGUCGCGGUCAAUUUGCGGAUGAUCUCAGGGUCGGCACCAUUUAGGGCGCUGAACAUUCUCGGAGACCCAGGGGCAGUCAGUUGGGCCGGAAGAAAAGGCGCGACGGAAACCCGUGCUUGAAAACUUUCAUUGCGCCUUUUCUCCCGGCCCGACUGAUUUGCCCCUGGGUCUCUCAGGAUGGGGGCUGUACGGAUGGUACAUUAUCCUUUCUAAUGUAUUAGACCUACCGGUGACGGUGGUUCUCCUGGUCCUAUUGUUUGACCUGUUUUUGUAGCUAUUCUAGUCCUAAAUUUGGCUAGGACGUUUUUUUGCACAGUCAAACCUCUUUAAUACGGACACCAAAGGGACAGAAACAAGCGUCCGCUUUACAGAGGUGUCCGUAUUAUAGAGGUGGGGAUUAUAUGAUUUUUGGCAUUUCUGGGACCAAACGAACUGUCCGUAAUAGAGAGGUGUCCGUAUUAUAAAGGUGUCCGUAAGGAGAGGUUAGACUGUACCAACAGCGCAAGUUUGUUUGUUCAUUACAUCCUUUUUGUAUAGAAGAGCCAAUGCUCUUGCGUUGGCUCUCAUAAAACUAACGAUUGCGUUUGGACAAUUGUAAACCAGUUCUGCACACACCCUGAUCCAGUUUAAAGGUCUCGUCUAAAAGUAGUUCUUAGUCACCUUACUACCUGCAUUUAUUGUAUUGUACGAAAUUAUUUUCAGGGUAUCGAGGAAGGAAGUCUUGACAUGUUGGAUAACAGUGACUUUGCAGACACUGAUAUUCCAUUUGAGGUCCCUGUUCCCGAUAAACAACACCUUCCGGUGAGUUUCUUUACCGCAACAUGGUCAAACGACGUAUUUUCCUAGGUGUGUAAUGGAGAUCACUGGAAGAGGGUGUGAUUCCAGCUUUUGAGUCUUUGUAUAUAGUGUAGGGCUCUGUUGUUCAAUGGUUGGAUAACGCUAUCACCCGUGUAAAUCACUAUCCGGUGAUAUCGGUGGUUAGUGAUUUAUGCCGUUUAUAGCGUUUUCUGCCUUUUGAACUCAGUACUAGCGCCAGAAGUGUAACUGUUUUGAGAAGUACCUUCCAUAUGAUACUGAUUAUUAAAAAGUUGUAAACGACCGAAGUGAAAGCUGAUAAGUAGUGCAGAGUAUUAACGAUACCUCUGUUUCCCCUGCUACUUGUUUUCAGGAGGAUAAACGUGAAGAAGUAAAGGAAUGGGUUUUGGCUGUAUCCAUGGAUCAAAAGGUUGGUCUUAACUCUUUCCCUCCCAAGAGUGCAAGAAAUCAUCAUCAUCAUCAUCAUCAUCAUCAUCAUCAUCAUCAUCAUCAUCAUCAUUGCUAUUUGCGGCAUAGGGCGUUUGAGGCCGUUUUUUUAAUGGACCGGGUCGUCAGCCUUCUUCCUAGCCAUUAACAUUGUCUGGUCUCUAUCCUUCGACCUGUUCAGCAUGGGUGGCCCUACCAGGGACUAGCCUUAGUAGCUCUAGGGGAAAACGCGCAGAGCGCCCACCACGAUAAGGUGGUGAUCCCAUCAAGGCAGUUUAAGAACUGUUUUCUUGAAUUCUGGUCAAAAAAAUUAGAAUUCGUGGCGACGAACUCGUAGUACUGAGUGAAGGUACUAAAUAGGUUCUAUUGAAUGGUCAUAUACUACUUUCACGCCACUACUCGUGUACCUGGGCCAUUGUUGCGUCGAAGGGUGGGCCGGAGUAUUUAAAAAAGAAGCGAAUCGUCCAAACUCUCAAAGAUGGCAAAACGCUUAAACAGAGAAUAAUUAGAAUGUUUAGAGUGCCAAAUUGUCGUUUCCAAUGUCCAAAUGUUUUUGCGUUAUCCCUUCAUCAGUGGAAUACGGUUGGUUUUGCUGAAGCUACGACAGCGUGUUGCUCUAAAACAACAAAUUGGCAAUUAAAAUGACACAAAGGUCUUCGCUAAUCCAGACCUUUAUAGCUCUUACACUUAACUAAAUAACAAUUAAUUUACUUAAACAGCCUCCUCCCCCCUUUUUUGCCCCCAUUCACCAAUUUACCCGUCCUGGAGUGACAAUUAUCUGACCAAAAGGCAUGUUCCACUUGUUUUCAGGUGGAGCAAGUGUUACCAACGGAUGAACGUGAUACAUACGAGGCUUGUCUGGUGGCUGCUAACACUGGCAUCACCUCCCUACCUUGUGUUAUAACUGGUAAGAGGAAGAAACAUACUAACGAAUAGCUUGGUGACGAAGCCAUCUUGGACUACAAGUCUACAAGCAGUGCCUUUCUGGAAUGUCCAUGAGGGCAAGGAAACCGGGCUAAUGAGCAAGCGAGCUAAGAUUUUGCUCUUUGAGGGCGAACUGGAAGAAGCAAUAGGGAGCUGAAGCAAAGGCGUUUUUGAGCGAUGCACGAUAACCGGAAGUGAUUUGUGGAAGACGUGGGACGAUUUGUCCGAAAACUUGGACAAAACCAAUGCUGAAGAAUGCAAAAAGUCCAUUUCCGGUUGACGUGCGUCGCUGAAAAACGUGUUUGUUUAAUCUCCCUAAUCUUUCCCCAAUUUUCGUUUGAUCCGGGGCUGCUGAGCUUGUUGUCAAUUCAGUCAAGUUUCCAGAUGAGGGAUUGACCGUAGGGCAAUAAUGCUUUUACUUACUGAAUUCAAAUAAAAAAGGAAUGAAACUGUAUUAACAUGACCUAAAUUCAUUUCAGGAUAUCCCGUCUUGCGAAGCAAAAUUGAGUUCAAGAGGCCGGGCAAAGCUGCGAACAAGGAGGACUGGAACAAGUUUAUCAUGGCUACCAAGGUUGGAUCAACCGUUUUUGGUUUUGGUCAUGUUAAGUUAGGAAACCUGUGACUUAUGUGGAAAAUCUGUGGGCAACAGGAUCAAGAGUUUCAAAUAGAGAGCCAAUGCUACCAUAGCAUAGAUAUGUGAUGGGCUGGUAGGGACUGUGGUCUUUGUUCAGAGAGCAAAGAACAUCGCCUUAAGUUUUGUUGAUUUAGGGCCUGUUUACAUGGAGGUGGGGAACCUCAGAUAGGUGAGGUAACGUGCGGCAGGUCACCUCACCUAUCAUGUAAACGUGAUCAAAUAAAAAUGAGAGAUUAUAUGGACAGGCGGGUUACCCCACCUAAGCUGGUUACCUCACCUACCUGGGGUCCCCACCUCCAUGUAAACAGGCCCUAAGUAUGCUAUAGCUAUGGUCGGAGACCCUAACAUAGCUGACUAUUACUCUGUGAAAAAAAUAUUAAUGGAUUAACAAAUUUUUUGCAGAAAAACAUUUACCUUGCUUUCUAUUUUAUUUUCAGGUUUCGCAUAGCCCCGAAUGCCAAGAUGUCCUGCGUUUCCUAGGGAACUGGUGCGGAGCUCCUCAGAACCCCUCUUACUCAUUUAACUGAAAAUGCGAAUCAGCUCAUAUUUAUUACGACGAAAACAUGAAGGAUUUACUGCUGUCUACAACACUUUGUAUUUAUUUCCAAUUAUUUUAGUUGAACUACCGAACAGAGGAAAAAAUGAGGAAAUUUUUUUGCUAAAAUGUUUAAACAGAUUGGAGCAAUUUAUUGUAAUCAUGCCUAAGGCUACGAUUUCUGGUGGCUUUUAUGCUGCCUCGUGAAAACUGACUUAAAUUAACCUGAACGUUGCGCAUUAACAAUUCUCAUUGUCUUUUUUUUGUGCAUUUUUGUUAGCAUUCAUUCCUUUGAUGUCUGAUUCCACGCAGUCUGCUAAGUCAUGCUAAGAUAGAACGAUCCUACAUCCCCCUUUGGCCACGUCCUAAAAACCGCAUGACUUAUUCCUGCGUUAGUCUUACAGUCUUAUUAGCCAAGAACUUUGUCUUGUAAGCGUUAAAUUGUCUUAAAGAGAAGAGUAUUUCACAAGGUGAAGGCUUUAUUUAUGUCGCUGUAAAUUCCGCGAACGUAGUUUUGUUGUACAAAGGUUUGUUUCAUGUUGAAAAAUAAUAAAUAGA